CCCUAAGGCUGUGAAACUGUUACAGAGCUGUGUGUUUCAGGUACCAGUGUGGUCACUGUGACUCCCCACUGCCCGCCCAUGUCACAUAGCUUGCAGUGCAGUGGGCUGGGGCCUCUGUAUGCUAAUAUAGCCGUACCUUAGGAAUUAGGGCAAGUCCUCUGUCUUAGUCAUUUCCUCUGUGAGUAACAGAUCAGAUUGCUACAGUAGUUCAUUUACACGCUGCUCUCUGCACUGAACAAACUUAUCCCCAUCUGAUAUCAUUUUCCUCCCAGAAGAAGCUUCUGUGUCUUCGGGAUUAACAUUAGGAUCAAAGCUCACAGAAAAAAAAGGUAAAUUCUCUAUUGUUACCAUCUGAAAUACAGAAGGUGGAAUGCAUUGUUCUUUUGUUUUAUAGAAUGUAUUUUACAUCAUUGUUUAGCUGUCUGUAAAACCACCCAGUGUACUUGCUCAUUCCUUCUACACACUUAGGCUAACUCUUUUCCCCCCCUCUUGUUUACUUUUUUUGUUCCCCCUUUGUUUGAAGAAAAGAUACAAUCUAUGUAUUUUCAAGCUAUAAAAUAUAGCAUUUAUCCUAUGAAUUGACUUACAGUACAAACAAUACAUACUCAUUUAUAUCAAUCAUGCUGCUAUUUUGGAUCACAUUUUAGCAGAUUUAAGUGAAUAUGCCUGGGGGGGAAAAAAGUGUCGUUUUUUUUUCUACUUCAAAGCACAUAAUUUGAGUCUGUUUGGAACAGCAGAUUUUUAAAUGUAAAUAUUAAUCAAAGUGUUUAUAGUCUCACUAAGUACCGUACGUUUUCCACUGAGAUCUUUGAUUUCUUCAGUCUGUAAUUAUCUUUAAUUUUUGUUGUUAGUAAACUGUGGGUUUAAAAGCAGAGCCCUGGAAAUUAACAUAUCUACUUAAAAAUAUACAAUACUGAAUAUACAAAAUAAUACAGCGGUCUGCGACAAAUUGCCCACUGCCUACCGCAAGCAAGAUUAACAUAUAAAAAGGUCCAUAGCUCAAACUUUAGGCCUCUUGCUUUAUUGGCUCCAAUCUUUAAAAUAUUCUACACUUGAUUAAAACAUUACUUUUUAAAAAUGAUACUGGGAUUAAGUCAGCAGACAUAAAAAAACGAAAAAAAAACCCACUGGAUUAUUUAUGCUUACACCAGGCAUUCUAAACAGAAUUGCUCUGCUUGCCAUAUAUUUAUUUACUCAUAUCUAAAUGACCAUAACUAGGCUGCAUUUAAAUAUUGAUCUCUGUCCUCUCUGUUUAUAUAUGCCUCCAUUGUAACAAUUCAAAUAUCUGUUAAAGAAAAAUGCCUUGUACAAAGCUGCAAUCUACCGUGCUGCAGGCUGUUUUCAUAAGCAGUGUUUAAGUGCAUUAUAUUGAAUACAUAGACAUCAUUAAUAGCCUUUAGUCACUACAUUCCACUCCCUUUUACAGCUUUGAUGGCAGCUAACCUUUUUGUCCUGCAUCUUUCACCAAUGAAUUAUAAAUAGCUUAUUAUUAUUGGAAUGUAUAUAGCCAACAUAUUCCACAGCGCUUUACAAUAUUAUAAAGUGGGAAAUUAAAUGUCAGACAAUUACAAAAGGUUACAGGCAAAUUUGGUUGAUGCUUGAAAGAGCUUACAAUCUAGAGUAUGCCUAUAGCCGGGAGAUUAAAAAAAAAAAAAAAACUGAUCUUAAAAAGCGGUGAAAAGUUCUAAAUGUUUUAAAGUAGUCACGGAAACCAGUGAAAUCUUCAGGUACAUUUAAUUGGUAACGACUCCUUAUUUACAAUCUUGCACCACUUUCAGAUCGUGACAACUCUCCUCCAAUAUGUUUUUUUUUUUUUUUAAAGAGAAAUAAAAGUCAUCACCCAUUGAUGUAUAUGUGACGUACGCAUGCAUGUUGUAAGACUCCAAGAAAUAUUGUACAGAAAUAAUGGAAGAAUCAGUCAGUAGACGCUUCUUAUUUUUGACGGUAGACUUCAUGAGAAUAAAUAUUAAGUUAUUUUUUUUUUAAUACGGGAACAUUGCCAGAAUCUGGGAAACAGAAAUAGAGCUGUCCUACUGCCAUAGCCUAUGUUUACUGUUGCACUUUACUGAAUACAUGUGGAGCAUUAGAUCUGUUAUAUAGAUUUGAGCGUGACCAGUAAUCCUUUCUUUGUAGAAUGGCUGCCAAUUUCAGGUGCAAAGAGGAGGUUAAUUAGCAUUUGUGAGUAUAAUUUGAAUGUGAAAUUUUAAAAAGAUAUCUACAGGGGGAGCUCUGCCCAUCUUAAAGGGAAUGCACUACACAUGUAAUAACUGAAAGCUGCCAAAACACACUUUUUAAUUAUUUAUUUUUAUAACUUUACUGGUAUUACUGACAAGUAUAAGUCUAAGUCUAUGUCACUUAUUUCAUUCCCUACAAUUACCAAACAUCCAUCUUGCCUUUGCCGUGAAUCAUUUCUCCACCAUUUCUGUCAUAAGCAGACUUUGUAUAGUCAAGAAAUACAUUUUACUUUAAUAUACCCAUAAAUUCGUCGGACAUGACAUUAUUUUCCCCAACUAAGCUUUGCGUUUAAAAUGCAUUUUUAAAAGAAAAGAUUUUUAAAAAAUAAAUUUUAACCCCUUAAGGACCAAACUUCCGGAAUAAAAGGGAAUCAUGACAUGUCAUGUGUCCUUAAGGGGUUAAAGGGGUACUCCAAACAACAGCUCGGGGUAGUGGUUAUGUUGCCUAGAGUCUGUGAAAGCCACCUUUCAGUUUUUUGUCAAACCAUAUAGGAGUUAUAUAAGCAAACAAAGAUCUCACCAGACCAAAUGGAGACUGCUCCCUCGUAAGCUGCAUUGAUUAUAUAGAAUUAACACAUCUACAUAUCAAUGUAAGUUUCCUUCAAACUGGACAGAAUCGAUUGUCUGAAAGUGCUAUGUAGAAUGCUCACACAAUGAGUGUACAAUUCCUAUAACGCUUAUCUCCUUACUCAUUAAGUGCAUUGAUUAGAAUACUUUAAAUUGGUGUCAAACUGUUAUCUAAAGAGGUGAGGUGAGGUGAGUUAGUCUAUCCACCGGUUUGCAUUUAGGAGGCAGUUUUGCCUAAAUAUUAGCUAAUCUUUAAAAUAAAAACUUAUAGACAAGAUCAAAUAUGUAUAAGUACAUAUAGAACGUAGAUAUGUAUUGCCCUAGAAAGACUGCCUUUAAAACCAGAAUGGGGCUGCAUUCACUUGGGUUUUCAAUGUAUUAGGAUAUUAUAUCUCCAUGUCUAUACAACCUCUUUAUUACUUACCUCCUCUAAAAUGUAUCCUAUUGUAUCAGGACGUAUACCCAAUGCUAGACUAACGCGGCUCCAGGCCCAUGCUUUUAAAUAGGCCCAAACAGGCACUCUAUAAAAAUACACUUUUUGUCAUGUAGUCAUUAUGAAAUAUGCUGCUGCCAUUACAGUGGAGCUCCAAUCUUAUCAAACAGUCCUUUUCAUUUAUUAUCUCUUAUAAUGGCCCAACAGAUUUUUCUGCUACCCAUUCCAACGUCCUCAUGUUUCAUAUUUCAUGCAUGUGGAUCAGUUAGUAUCUUUUUUUUUUUUUUUUUUAAAGGCCGUACUACAUAUAUUGAAGUUUUGUCGCAUAUUGUUAAUAUGUCACACAUUUGCUACCAUUUCAUAUUUCAGCCCAUCUGCCAACCUUGUUUAAGAAGUCAUUGAGUAACACCACAGAGGGGCUUUGAUGCCCUCAAUUAUCUGCGCAUUGAUACACUCUCCAUCCAUCAAGGACACCACAGAGAGGGCUGUUUGAUGGACUGGAACAUGAACUAGUGAUAAAUGAAUGGCAUUACUUUACAGGGGGUAAAAAAUAUACUGUACAGUAAGCAUGUCAAACUCAUGGCUUGCUGGGCCGCAAAUAUAUUAAUUGUGGGCCGCGAGUUUGUCAUGCUUGCUGUACAGGAUAAUGGGAGUAAAACGCAUAUUACUUGAAAACAAUGCAUGUAAUGAAAAAAAAUAAAAAAAAUUCAGAGUAGACAUAUUUGGUGUGAUGUAUGGAAAUAUUUCAGGGGUCACCCAUUUCACCAUCUUUUCAUUGUUGCUUGUCUUUACUACGGGUGGAGAGUUAGACAAAAUGGAACUUCCAGAGAGAAAACCAUCUGUGUUCAAUAGAACAGACCAAUUUCCUGUUCAUUUUUUAAUGUUUGCAUCACUAUUACAGAAAGCUUUUCAUUGGUAUGACAUCACAUUAUGGCAUCCACUGUACGUGACCAGCUAGUGAGGAUUACAUGAACUUUAUCUGUACCUACAAAGCUAGAAAUAUCCUUUGUUCAGAGAUAAGUAAAGAAUAAAAACAGCUCAUAAACCAUCAUAGGGGUUAUUCACCAACCGCUAAGUAAGUGAUUACUAUACUAAGCCCUAAACUAAAAACACCUCGUAUAUUCCUUUAUUGCAUGCACAUAAUAAAUCCCAUAGAUCAAGGCUCACCAUUUCUACCUAUGCACAUAUAACCAUUAAAAGGUCUCUGUCACCUCAGUGCUUAUUUAGCUUCCUCUUCUCAGUAUAGCCUGGUGUGCAUAGAUGGUAAGACAGGAAAUUGAUUAGAGCAGGAAGCGUGUGUGGCAAUGUCUAUACAAUUUAUCUACAUGCAACACUGAAAAUGCAUCCACUGCACACUCUGGUGGGAGGAUGGGUUAGACAUGAAUUCUUAUUUAAAACAUCUGUAUUACAGAGUGCUGGCCAAUCUCAGUUAUGUAGGACACAUGUCUCUCUCUCUCUCUGUAUAAACACUAAAGUUGUGCACUUCGACAGAAAAGAAAAGAUUUUUAGGGGCAGCAGAUUUUUGGAUGGCUAGUCUGAAUUUUCUUAAUAUGGGUUUUAGGAAAAACAAACCAAAUGUCAUCAAUGUUUUUGGGCUCCAAAGAAUCACUAAUCAAAGGAACAUGCUCGUCCAUUGAGCAUAUCGUUUGAUUUGUGAUUCAGCUACAGUUUGAUCUGGAGUUCAGGAAUUCAUACGAUCACCCAAUCCGCACAAAUACAGACGAAAUGCGGUGUAUAACAAAACAAAUAUCCACCUAGCUCAGCAAAUCUACAGUCUCAGAUUAGGAAAUACAUUCAUAUUGUGUGUUCAACAGAAUUAUUUUGUAAGUCUGCGAUUAUAAAGAAAAUAAAAAGACCCCCAGCAUAAUUUUAUAUAGCUACCAACAAUGUCAGAUAGGCCCAGGAUAGUUCUUUUACCACACAUUACACUUACUUAUUUAAAGGGAAACAUUGUAUUCCUAGCCUAUAGUGCCCCCUUCACCCCCUUUUGUCACUUACCUGAAUCCAGCACUAAUGUUCGUCGGUGCUGGGUCAGGCUCUACCUUCGUUCAUUCUCCCCCGACGUCGGCUGACAUCAGUGACCUAAUGUGCUCACAUUAGGACAACCCCAUAGGAAAAGUUAAAUUGAUUAAAGGUUUUCCUACGGGGUUUUGGGUGACACUGAAUGUUCUCAUGCAUAGCGUCAGUAUGCCCAGCGUCAGUAGGCAAUUAAAAGUCACCUUCACAUCAGAAGCGCCUCUAGUGGCUGUCUGGUAGGCACCCAAACCACUUAAAUGAGCUGAAGUGGCCUGGGUGCCUAUAGUGUUCUUUAAUAUCCAUACACUUGUCCUAAAGUCAAAAAAUACUUGUAACAAUAUAGUGAAAAGCAAAUUGUAGUUGGGGACAAAUGAGGGUGGAGACAAGCACUCUUUUAUCAAUGUGUUGGCUGCUAUUCUACAUUCUCAUAACAUGUUAAAUAUUGGAUGCAUAAUAAAAAACAAUACAUUGAUCAGAUAGUAUACCUUUAGCACCUAGAAGAAAGAUCUAAGCAGAAAUAUGGCACUGUUUUUUUUAAACCUGUGCAACUUAUGUCAAGUUAAAUAAAAACCUUUUGAUUUGAUAGGUGAAGAUUUGACUUUUAUGUUGGCAAUCUCAUUCUGCACAACAUUGUCUAAGGGGUUUUAGUAAUUAAGUUAUUGUAGUAAUAUUUGGGUGCAUUCUGUUUUUUGUGGAUGUCAGUAUUUUGUCACGUCCCUGUUUUGUGUUUCAGAUGAUAUGGAAAUGAAAAAUAAAUGAAUAAGUAACAAUGCACUUCCUCCUGAGUGUCAUGCAAAGAAACGAUCUGUGUAUAACUAGGUCAGCUGACUUGACCUCUAAAUCUAGCCUGAUGACUUUUUCUUUAUAGGCUUGUUUUUUUGCAGUGUGAUAAUACUGAUUAGUGCACAGUGAGGAAGUCAUUUAUAGCUGACAAUAUCCUUGCUAGAGGAAGACCCCGUGGUUGUUGUUAUCUCCCCCAUCCCAUUUCCUUUUCAGUCAAAACUGUGUUUGUGCGGUAGUGCCUUGUGCUGGAUUCAGCACUUACAUAUUGCACAUAUGUAGUUCUUAGACUUCCAUGUCAUAAGGUUGUCAAUGACUGUGAUGAGCUGCAGUUAGAAUGUACAGAUGGAUCUUCCCAACAGUUACCCUUUGUCCAGGGGGUUUAUAACACUCAUUCAGAGAUUUUUCUGUAGCUUUUAGUUGUACAUGUGUGUCUUUGUCAUCUAGGUCUGCAAUAUACAAGUAGAAUAUAAAAAAUAAAUUAAAAAAUCAUGCUUUGAUGCCAGUAUUUUGACUUUUCAUUCUAAAACCAAAAAAAGUGUAUCUGAACUACUAAACAGAUCAUGACAAAUCUGCUUACCUUGCAAAAAAGCUGUCACUGAAACAAUUGAUUUGGGUGAGAACCUCAUCUUAUUAUAGUGCAUUUUUUUUAAUUCUAUUGAGUAUCGUUUUCUAGUUUAUGGGUUUAUAAUUGUAGCAUACAACCCUUUCCCUACCUGCUGUAAACGCCCAGGUGCUCUAAAUUUAUCCGUUUUGUUAUUCGUAAUAGUGAUCAAUUUAUAACAAGCAGUCUUAAAUUCCUACAGUUUAUUCAUCUCCUUUACCAGCAAUAUACACAUAGGGUAAGUUUACAAAAUAGUGAAAAUCUGUGUUUUAUAAGCUACAGGUACCUUUCCUGGUUAAAAACUUUAAUAUUUAUUAUAAAAGAAUAAAUAUUUUAAAGUUUAAAUAUUAGUAUUGGAAUUUUGACCACUAUGGUCUUAUGCCCUAUUCCCACAAAGCCCUCUGUUUAUAGAGUUAGUGUGCCGUUAUCUCCUUUAUCUGCCCAGUCUUCUUAUCUGACUACGCAGAGCUCUAGUUUCACUUCUUGGAGAAGCCUUUAUGGUUUACAGCUUUUCGAAAGAACUUCCUAUUUACUAUCAUGAGUGUAUAAGGUAUCUAGAUUGAUCAUUUUCUUACACAAGUAUCUUGUACUUGAAAAGUGCUGUCAGGAUCUGAUUGAAUUAAUAUACUAUCAAAGCUAAACCAUUCAAUUAAAAAUGAACGGUCGUCUUUUUUUGGUAGCGGUUAUUUAACCUCACUCCAGUAAAUGCUGCUGAAUAAAAGAAUAGAAGCAGAUGGGCGCACAAGGUACUUAGAAGUAAACAUAACAUCAGUUCUGUAUGACUGGCACAUCUGUCUUUUCAAAAACCUAUGUAGGUGCCUUUUCCUUGGAUUCCCAUUGUGUGCAUAUACAUGGUCAACACACAGAGACUCAUAGGAAUUUGUACAUUUGCAUCAGAUGCCAGGCAAUUCCAGAACAAGAGUGCGUUCGAUGUUAGUGCAAAAACAGUUGUAUGAUAAACAGAAGGAAAAAAAAAAAAAAAAAACACAAAAGUGCUUCUUCCUCUUUAUGUAUUCAAUCAUAGUGGUAAUACCCUUAUUGAUUGAUUGAGUGAGUAAUUUGCUGAUUUCCCACUGGAAUGGUUAAAUUUUACAUACUCUAGACAGCACUUUUCAUGUCUUGUCCAACAACAUGCAGAUGGUAGUCACGUCAAAAAAAAAAAAAAACAUGGCCAAACCACAAACUUUACAAAUGUAAGUAGAUAUUAAAGGCUUCAGGCAAAAUUGUGUAGCGGUCUAUCUCACAAUUCUUUUUUAUAUUGCACACAUUUCAGAGAGGCAUCAGGAAGGGCCAUUUCAUUUUAAGCAUAUCAUGGUGUUUAAGGUUACUUCAGUGAGUUGAAGUGGUCAUGGUGGUAGGAGUCUCUAUGUGAGGCUUGCAACACUGCACAUCUAGAGUUAUUUUUAAUUAUGUGCUGGGAGUUAGUUGCACCCCACUCUGUUCUGGGCUGCCUAUUGUCAAUUCUAUGAGUAUUUUAGGAGUGUUGUCAGCUCUGCUUGCAAGUGGAAAAGCUGUCCUUUUCCUCCCUCCUUUCAAAAUCUGGGAGAAAUUCUCCCUACCGCCCACCUCCCUCCCCUUGGGUUCGCAUGCGCUCUUAGCAUCCUUUUAUCUGGAUUCUUUGUCAAAUGUGAGUCAGUUUCGAUACUUUUUGUACCAUGUUGCACAUUGCACUAUUAAACCAAGUACUUUAAAGGAUCUACCUCGUGGAGAUUAUCUGAGUUCAUUGAUGUCUUGCCCCACUCUGGACUUUAUGGCAAAUAAGAAAUACAUGCUUUGCUUGGAGACAAGUGUGCUUAGUCUCUAUGGUGACACUUUAUACUGUGGUUGUGUACCAAGCCAUUGUUGUAGGGUUUGCAAACAUCUAAAUAUUUUAUACCAACGUGGAAAGAUCAAUGACUUUGUGCAAAAACCUAGGUGUAUCACUUAGGAGUCUUGGAAUUUUUUAUUUUAUGAAACUGUUAGAUUUCAUAUUAGGAAUCCAACACAAGGGCAACAUAGAUAAUCAAUGAUGGUUUGUGGUUCUAAAUCAGCCUCUAGGAUUAGUGGUGGCAUGCUUUACCAUAUGAGGUUCAACCUUGUAAAGUAUUUACUUCUUUUCCGUUAUCAGUCUUGAUAAUUCUUGUUAAGUCAGGGCUUGACAAAUCCCAGGCACCAGGUCGCCAUUGCAACUAGAAAUUUUGCCAUAGCGCCUGGGAUUUAAAGCCCUUUAGCUAAAGGCAGGAUGGGGGAACAACGGAGCUGGCUGGUCUCUCUGAGGAGCUGGACGACUGGCUCAGGGAGCAUGCCGGAGGAGUGUGCAGGCGGCCACCCUGGGGAUCGUGGAGGCGGCCACCCUGGGGAGCAUCGCUGUGGUCGGCUAAGGCAGUGUGUGAGGGAGCAGUGAUCUUCAAGUGGCUCCCCUCUGCUCCCUCGCACUGUUUAAUGAUGUUGGGAGCCAGACUAUGACGUAAUUCUAGCUCCUGGCAUCACUACAGAGAGCAGAGAGGAGCCGCUUGAAGAUCCCUGCUCCUUCAUACGCAGGAUGAGCGAGCAGCCCCACUAGACCCCAGGGAAAGUCCACUCAUCUCUCCCAAAGGUAGGGAGGCUGUGUGGAUUCAAAUUAAAAAAGAAAAUGUGUGUGUGUUUGUCUGUGUCUCUCUCUCUCUCUCUCUCUCUCUCUCUCUCUCUCUCUCUGUCAGUGUGUAUGCGUGUCUCUCUGUCAGUAUGUGUGUGUGUGUGUGUGUCUCUCUCUGUCAGUGUGUAUGCGUGUCUCUCUCUGUCAGUAUGUGCGUGUGUCUCUGCACGUCUCUCUCCGUCAGUAUGUGUGUGUGUGUCUCUCCAUCAGUGUUUGCGCACGUCUCUCUCCGUCAGUAUGUGUGUGUGUGUGUGUGUCUCUCCGUCUGUGUGUGUGUGGGUCUGUCAGUGUCAGAGUGUAUCUUCUUGUGUCUGUUUAGGUACUUGCACCCCUCCAAUCACGAGAGAGGUGUUUUUUACUCACCUUCUUUCCCACGCCAUGCCAGUUUCACACGGCUUGCCCUGCCUUCAUGGGUGAGAUAAUCAAUCUUUAACCAAUGCUUUCCUAUAGAAAAGCAUUGGGAGGAUAUUGCGCCUGUUUUCUAUAUGUAACUUUCAGCACCUCCAUGCAGAGCACCUCUAUGCAGGACUCUCUAGUGGCGUCUGAGUGACUGUCACUAGAGGUGUUACUAGGCAGCAAUGUAAAUCCUGCCUUUUCUAUGAAAAGGCAGGGUUUACAUUUACAAGGCUACAGAGACAGGCUACAGGCACCAGAACAACUAAAUUAAGCUGCAGUGGUUCUGGUGACUAUAGUGUACCUUUAAGAAUUGUAUAUUUCUUGUAAAUUAAACAAAAAAAAUCUGGCUCCUAACUUUUUUAGCUGGCUCCUAGAUUCCAAACAAGUUUGUCAAGCCCUGUGUUAAGUGAUAUAUUUUUUCCCUUCCUUAUUUCUUCUUGGCACAUUACAACUCUUGUAAAUCAUUUGACUUACAUUUGGCUGCUCAUAGUGAGAGUAAAACAUAUCUCACAGAGAGAUGCGUCAUGCCAUGAGUCUGAUUGUGGAGAAUUCAAUCUGAAUUUUCUCCAUAGAUUAGUGUUCUCUUAUUCAGUUUACAAGGACUUACAAUAGUCUAGGAUUUAGUAAUUACCCAAUGCUCUUCCAAAGGGAAAAUUUAAAAAAAAACUGAAUCAUAGUGGGUAUUUGUAGACUAUGUUGAGAACUGUUGCAAUGGACUUAUAUUGUAUGCUAAGACAAAUAGUGUUUAAAAAUUUUUUUUUUUUUUUAAAAGAAACUCUUUUGCUGCACUUUGUUUUAGUUGGGGACAUAUGUAACGUGAGAUAAUAAUCACUAGGUAUGUACUAGCAGACCUCACUGGACUGUUUCCGAUGGCGAAAAGUCAGCCGUAGUAAGAACCCACCAGUUUCAGUUAGAUAUCAUUGCUAGAGAUAAAUUAAGCAAGAAGAAACACAAUGUACACUACAUUAAUAUAAUUCGAAAAAUGUGAUUGUACCUUAAGAAUUAUCUCCAUUUUCAAUGUUCUAGUGGCUAUCUGUAACACUGUAUACAUAUGGAAAUUGCAGAUUUAAUUCAGCAAUAACUGUUUUUUUGUGCAGCUUGCUUUCGAUUUUGUCUUUUUUUCCCCCAGUAAAGAUUCCUUUGUGUAUGACUUAUUUGCAACUUACUAAUUUUGACUAAUGGCCUGUGAAUUCACUCCAGCCUACCACAUCUUAUCUGGAGACAGCUGAUUUGGCAGAGGUACUGUGGUUCCCCGUAGAGCUGAGCUCAGCACAAGGUCUCCCAUGUGAAGAAUAACCUAUACCAAAAAUUAUUUUUAGCUUUAAUGUUAUGGACAUACAUUCCUCCCUGUCAGCAUUCGAAAUCCGUUUUCUUGAAAAUUCUUUUACAAGCUGCAUUCCUCUAACAAAAGACCAAAAAAACUCAUAUAACACCUUCUCCAGAAUUUUACUCGUUACAGAAAGAGUGCAUUUGAAAACGCUUUUAUGUAGCUCUAAUGAUCCCGGAGAAUAUUAUUGUAUUUUAUAAUAUGUUGUAGAAGAUUUAGAUGGCUGUUUCUGAGGUGAAUUCGAGAGUGAGGCAUGUUUUUUUCUAGAGGUUUUGAGGGUGAUUUUUAAAUUGAGAAUGUUAAAGGGACACUAUAGUCACCCAGACCACUUCAGCUCAAUAAAGUGGUCUGGGUGCCAGGUCCUCCAGGUUUUAACCCUUCAGAGAAACUGCUAUGUUUACAUUGCAGGGUUAAUCCAACCUCUAGUGGCUGUCUUUCUGACAGCCGCUUCUGGGAUGCCGGAUGUGAAGUUCGCAUCUGCGUGCAGAACGUCCAUAAGAAAGCAUUGAGAAAUGCUUUCCUAAGGACUGUUUGAAUGCGCCGCACUUGUGUAUUCCGCUCCACUCGGGAGCUGACGUCGGCGGGGAAGGGGAGGUCAUCAGCGCCGAGGGAGCCUGGUGCUGGAUUAAUGUAAGUAACUGAAGGGGUUUUAACCACGGGAGGGGGACCCUGAGUGUGGGGGGGUCCUAAGGAUGCUAUAGUGUCAGAAAAACGAGUUUGUUUUCCUGACACUAUAGUGAUCCUUUAGUUAAAGUUGAUGAUGGCAGGCAGGGUUCCUCAACAUAUAUAAAAGUAGAUUUGCUGUGUGUAUAUCAAUUUGUCGUGUUUGCUGAGGUUUAAGGUGCAUUAAUUAAAUUGAAAUGAAAAAUCCUUUCGCUCCCACCUGUGAUACAUCCUCUGGCAGAAUAUUCACUAUAGGGGGUUAAUUUAACAAUACACCUCCACCGAAAGAGUAUAGCUUGAAAAACACACAUGGUCGUAGAUGGUUAUCAAGGGAUAAUAGCUGGGAUGUUAAAGCUUUGUGGUAUAAUGUGCCCUAUUCGUCAAUAUGAUAUAGGUGUGUCUCUUCUCCCGCCCUGUUUGGAGAAUAACCUGCAAAAAGAAAGUUUUUAGAUACCUGGAAUCUAGCACCAUAUGUAAGCUCCCGACGCUGACUUCCAAGCCUCCCUCUGACAUCACAUGGGACUCAUGUUGUCCAAUCUCCGGCUGCUAAUAGAGAAGCCUGUGAUUGCAGCAUUUCAAUGACUCAGAGCGCGCACACACACACAAUCUGAGCCAGUACAGAGAGAUUGUAAUGUAUUUUUAAAAAUACAAUUAGCAGAGAGAGAUGGAAUAGAGCGCCUAUUGGGUGGGAGAGGAAAACUAUCUUCUCGUUGCAGGCAUUCAGGGAUGGAGCCUACACCUUUGUUGUAAAAUAAUUCUUUAAGUAAAGCUUAUUGUGCAGGUUAGUUUUUCAGUUAAAAAAGUUAUAUAUUUAACUAAGGGUAAUGCUACAUUUGGCAUUAGCUAGGGAUAAUUUCUUCUAUGCCAGGUCAUUUUACCGUUUUGCUUCAUGACAACCUAUGUCCAGUGCAGUGAUUAAAGAAAGUCUUGAACAAUGACUCUUGUUGAGGUUAUUAUUAUUAUUAUUAUUAUUAUAUUAUGUAUUUAGUACCAGCAAAUUCUGUAGCGCUGUACAACUUUACAGUACGCUAAUUUGUAAUACUAUGUGCCAAAAAUAUAUCUCCCUGUCUAUAUGUGUGUAUAUUUGUGUACACUGAAAGAGCUAGAUGGCAAUAAUAUGUUUCUUCAAGGAAAACAACUUUUAAGAAUCCCAUGUUUAGCUUUCCCACUCUUGCCUCCAUCUCUUCAUCUCCAUCUUGGCAGUGAGAUAGGGACUACAUAAAUACAUCCUUUCCUCUUCCUGUGCAAUGCAAGACUCAUAGGUUCUCUAGGAGCUAGCCAUGGUCUCCUCCCCACCCCACGUGUCCUGAAUUCUGGGUUGUUAAAGGAGUUAAUAUAAUUUAGAAGAUAGGCUUGCAGGUACCUAUUGGCUCUACCCGUCAAGAAUGGAACUCAAUUCAAAAGUCUGAUAUUUUAGAAGUCAGGGAAGAGAUUGAACAAUAAUGUUUUAUAAAAAAAUACCAAAAACUGUGCACUAGCAGCACUAUUAUAUAGGCAGGUAGCAGGAAAAUAUGUAGUUGUGUGAGGGGCAAAUAAGGCCGUAUAGGAAAUAAGUCGGUUGUGAUGUGCCGGAACCGAUGUCGAGGUAGGCCUGUGUGACAAAGUGCCCUUCGCCACUUGGUCCUGGAGAGGCCUACUUGCCAGCCUCCUCCCCUGUGACUAUGACUCUCUCAUGUAUCUGGCUUUAAAGCCCCUAGUCUACCUUCAGACAGACUAUUUAUGUAGGCUGCUUUAUUUAUCUUAUGUUUUAGUCACCCUGUACCCAUUAUAGGUGCAGGGUGUGUGUAAUGUAAUUGUUUAUAGUGUGUGUGUGUGUACUGUGUAAUGUAUUGCCUGCUGUCUUGUAUUGCUGAGGUUUGCUACCAACUAGGUGGGUUUGGCUAUGGAGCUUGUCUAGUGCCCUCUGUUGGUAGCAACAGCAAUAUGCACUACCUGAAUUGCAAGACUGGUUCAUUUGCAUAUUCGGGUAGAUUUGCAUAUUGCUAAUUCUGCAGGCAGGUGAGAUAUUUACUGUUAAAUAUUGUCUUCCCCCACCCCUUUAAAAAUGUACCAUUGUGUUGUGAUAAGUCACUGUGUGUUGCUUGAUAUGGUUUGACUGUUUGUGAUUUUAUUGAGGUUUCACAACAAUGUUAUUGUGGUGACUGUAUUGGCUGGUCCCAAGGGAAUAAAGACAUGCAAAUCGCUAAACUAUGUACGGGACGGAGGAAGGUGAGUAGGGGGUUUAAGUAGUGUAACAUGCCCCUCCCACAACUGCAGGCCAAGCCUUUACAUUUAUACAUUUUCAGAUAAAAUCAUACUUAUCAGACUUAUUAAACCUAAACUAAAAAUACCACUGAACUGAUUGUUUUAGCUGAAUUGCAAAGGAAUUUAUGGCUAAAUAAAGUUUACAACCAUGUGCUCAAUCCGUACAUUGAUUAUAUAUUACGUUUAUUUCCCCCGGCUGCGAUAAAAGCAACAGCAAGUUAUUUUUUUGUCUUCUAAUACAGAGGCCCUGCUAGGAGCUGCAGCAGAGAAAUGUCAGGGGCUGAAGUCUUUAAACAGCUGGCAGUAUUUAUUGCGUUGUUCACCAAAAUUAGGCAGCUAAACUAAACCAGAGGUGACCCAAGGGCAGAUAUUCUUUGUUUGCUGUCUGUAACAUUACACUGUAGUAAAACUAAGGCAUUGAUGUAUGUCUGGAGCAUUACAUUAUUGUUAUGCUUGUAACCGUGGAUCUUUCAUAUAAGGGAAUCAGCAGAGAUAGGCCUGGGAAUAAAUCACUGAAGUUCAACAGUCAGGGCAGGGUAAAAAUAAUACUAGCCGACAGAGGAAAAUAGACUAUUUGGGGAGAUUUAUCAGUGUUGCGCUGAUUUUUCUGAAGUUUCUGUGGCUUGAAUGAUAAAUUCUGAUUGUUUAUUUUCACUAUUUAUCACCUUUCUUUUUGUAUAGGGCAUUCCACUUAUUAAUAUUAUUGGCCUUUUUUGCAUCACAGAUGUAUACAUUGUAUAUAUAUUAAAGGGGGAGGGAACAGUUACUUUCCAGUUGCUUCAAUAUCAUGCUUAUUUAUACCAGGAUGGGGAACCUUCGGCCCUCCAGAUGUGUUGGACUACAUUUCCCAUAAUGCUCUUACAGCCAUAAUGCUUGCAAAGUAUCAAGGGAGAUGUAGUCCAAAACAUCUGGAGGGCCAAAGGUUACCCACCCCUGAUUAUACCCUCUAUUUAGCAAAUAAUUGCUGUGAGGUGUGAAAAAACUAAAUGCUGCUUAGGUUCAAGGACAAAAUGCUGCCCAACUAAAACCUCACUUCCCUGAAGCCAUUUCUACAGAAAGUGCUUCUUAUGCCCAAUACCUUUUUUUUUUAAACAUCCAAAACAGCAAACAUACCCUCAUAAUUUUUUUCCUCCAGCACUCACUACCUUUUUAGUUAUUGCAAAUACCAGUACCAUCUUUGUCUUUACCUACACGUGUCCCAGCCACUCCUGUGUCAAUCCAUAUGCCUUUAAAAUCCACAGCAUACCUUUUCAACCAAGUGAACUUUCAGCUCCUGUAGCUGUAGUGCAAGUGGGAAAGGGCACAUGGCGAACACAGUUUGACUCCUUCCAUCUGGGCUCUGCUCAAAUGAUGGCUAUUUUAGUCUAUACUUUUUCAGGGUUUUUUUUUUUUUCUCAAUUCCUUUUAAAGGGACAUUAUUGGCACCAAACCAACUCUAGCUUAAUUAAGCUGGUUUGGUGUAUAGAUCAUGCCCCUGUAGUCUCUCUGCUCACUGAGCAUGAUCUAUACACUAAAACUGCUUCAUUAAGCUAAAGUUGCUCUGGUGCCUAUAGUGUCCCUUUAAUUAGGUGUUUUGAAUAAACCUAAUUUUAUUUGCUCCAAUAAACUGUGCCUUAAUGUAAACACAUUGUGGAAUAUCAUGAACUAUUUUAUAACCAACACGCGUCAGAAUCUGACAUUACAACAAACAGUUUCUCUCUUCAUAAAUUGACCAGCACAAAUCUAGUACAUUCUUAUGUUUUUACAAGCAUGGCACAAUACAGGACUGUACUUGCUGCUGUUUAUCUGUAAUAACUUUUGUUCUGCAAACAAGGUGUGUUCCAUUCAUGCUGACAGAAUAAGGCAGUACAUUAGGUUACAUCUGUUGUUCAUUUCUGAAAACACUGUACAGUUUUCUGAAAGACACGGUCUGCACUAUAUUAAAAAAGGGGUGUUCUAUGUACCAUACAGCUCAUGGCGUCCAAACCUAGAUCUGUUCCAUGUGUUUUUGUUGGUGUAGUUUAUGGCUUAGCUCCAUUUAGUGUCUUGUAAUACAUUUCAAUAUAGCCAAGACGUCAGUGGAGAAAAUGUUGAGUGUCAUAAUGGCUAAAAACAUUGGUCAGGUUAUCGCCAGACUGCGCUGACUGCAUAGAGUGAAUGAAGUGUACAGGUGUAUCCUGUUUGCUGUGGACUGAGGAAUGAUAGCUAUAAGUCUGCAGACAAGGACUUCCUAAAAUAACACAAGACAGCAGGUGGAAGGGAAUUAUAAUUGCCGCAAUGACAAUUACCUCAGGAAAUCCCAGACUCCCAGUUCUGUCUCACAUAAUAAUAUUUCUGUUAUAAGUGGUACUGCUACAAGCUUAGGUUGUUGCUGCCCUAAUCCUGUGAUGCUUACAAUCUAAUUUUGGCAGAAGAAAAAAUGAUUUGACAUUCACCUAAAUGUCUGGCACACACACACACAAACACACACUACAUUUCUUUGUUUCUACUAAUUAAGAGCUUAAUAUAUUUUGUUUUGCAUGUCUAUAUUGCAGUUUAAAAAUGGUUUUGAAAAUAUAUACAGUACUUCAUGCUAGAAAUAUAAGAAAAUUAUAUGCUUGUGAUUUGUGUGUAUUAUAAAAAAAAUAUUUUUUAAGCACCGCAAUAAUAUUAAAUAGAACACAUCAAUCACCAUAACCACUGCAGUUAUAGUUCCAGGAAUACCCUGGCAACCAUGCCACUCCAUGUAAGUAGUCAAACCAUCAGUUAAUGGUUUGACACCUUACGUGGGAUCCGCAGAGUGCUACUCUCUGCCUCUUUCUUUUGCUGCUGGGAGCUGGAAGCUCCUCUUAGGAGUGAAAACCUGCAGUGUAGGGCCGACUCAUUGGCUGAGAGCAUCAGCUGUUUGCGCUCAGCUGGUAAGCUAAGCCUUGCACAGACAUUAAUUUUCAGGUGCCAGUGUACUCCUGGUACCAAAACCACUACAUCUUGCUGUACUGGUUAUGGUGUUUAGUGUGUUCCUUUGGCAGUAAUGUGACAAAAUAUUUAAAGUGUUUGAGUGAACAUUUCCACAUUUGGAAAUCAAGUCUUGCACACCAUCCUUCACCCUUCUAUUAUCUAGCUAAGGAUUGUGUGGAAUCUCUGGUUGAAGAGAACUUCCUGGAAAACGUUAUACUGUGCUUUGUUAAUCUCUGAGUAUAUAUAGAAUUGUACGCAAAUACUUUUUAACUGUGUUGAAUGAAUCAAAUGCAUAUUAAUCUAUUGUCAAACAAAAAUCGAUUUGUUCGCUAAUAGUUUAACAGGCAUUUGAUUCGUUCAAAGCAGCUGAAAAAGAUUUCUAGUAUAUAAUGCUUUGGGUACAAACGGCUAAUUGGAUCAAGGCUAGGAAUGAUGGUGACCUCGCCAAACACCCACAGGGUUAUAAACUGAAGUGGUUACAUGUCAGGAAUUCAAACUGAAUGUCAAAUUUUAGGCCACAGUAGCCAAACUGCUAGCCUAACCUGAAAAUGUAAAUCUGCUUUGAAUUCCAAAUAAUUCACACUUUUUGGAUUAACCCUGACAUUAUUUUUGCUGAGCAGGUCAUCCAAUGCUGGACAGGCACUCGUGUAUAUGAGACUGUGCUUAUUAAAAUGCAUUAUCUUCAAAAUUUAUGGCAAUAUUAAAGGGAGCACAGCUGCGUUAACGGCUUUCUGCCCAACAAGAGUACUUUAGUUCCAGGUCCAAUCGGCCUUAGUGAAGAAAUGUGUGAAAUAAAGUAAUUUUUAUUUCCUAACCUUAUUUUUUUUUUUUUUUUUUUUGAGAUUUGCUAUACUGAAGAUACUGCAAAAAUAAGUAUGCAAUUUCAAUACCAUUAACUGGUUAAAUAAAGUUAGUGUAAAAAAAAAUAAAUAAAUCAUUAAAACAUGUAAUUUAUUAAAUCUGCGGGCUACACCCAAACGCUAGACUUACUAUAACUAUUUAGUCUUAUUAUAUAAUUGCAAACAUUAAAUCAUAUUCAUAUAUUAAAACAUACCAUACAAAUAACAUGAAACUAGUCUGCAUCAUAACUCUGCAUAUUUAUUGCUGUAAAAACACUGUAUUCAGCUGCAUCAGCAAUUUAAUAUAAACUAAUGGAUUACCCCAUAAUUGCUUUGCAAACAAAGCCGUUUAUAAUUGCAGUUACUGACAGUUUUAAUACUAAGACUACAUAUCAUAAAACCCUCCCAAUCAAGUCUUUACAACUAGAUUAAUUACUUUUUAAGUCAGUGACACAGUCACUUUUUCCAAGGCUCUGUAAUACAUUACCAAACCAAAUAGAUAUUUGAAAAAUGAUUUCAAAUAUUUUAUCAUUUACUUUUUUGGUUUAGUGGUUUGUUCAAGUUGCAACUUUCCCUAUUUUCUCCCUUUUUUCGGGAACCGAACAGGUGCACGAACCAGAGACCACCUGGGAGCUUGUUAAGCCGAAUUGGCAGUUUGUAACACUUUCCACCGCAUGUUCUAAGUGUUCGUCUGGGUGGCUGAGUUCGCAUGAACGGCCUCGAGGUGGCUGCCAUCUUGUACCCGCAAACGCAGGCAGCGGUGUUUGGUUGUCAAGUUCAUGGAACUGUUUUCGCACACUGAAACUCCCUAACACCGCUGGACUAUCAGGAUCAUACGUACACAACUUAGAAGGACACUGUUUGGUGGAAACGUUCCCACGAACAAGGUGAACAAACUCCAGGGUAAAAACAUUGACUAUGUUCGGUAGUUUUUAAACUACCGAACUAGACCGACUGUAAACCUGAUUCUCUGGAACUGUUUUGGGCAUGGGACCAUUCUUGCGGUCAGUCAAAUUGUGACUUCCAGGAAAUUCCUGAACCCCUGAACUGAUCUGGGUGAUUUUUGGAUAUGUUGAUCGCCCAGAUCGGGGCUAUCGGGGGAUGUAACUUUUGUGUGUUUAAAUGUAUUUUUGGGGUUUUGUAAAAAUUUCGGUUUUCUGUGCCUGGAGAUAAUUGAGUUUAAUACAGUGCCUGACUCAAUUAUCUCUCAGGCACAGAGGAGGGAUUAUCUUGUUUAUGUGGGAGUUUCCUGGACCUGAGAGCCAAUGUAAUAGUCUGUAUGUUUUUACUGUAGUCUACUCUCAGGUCAAGAAGGUAGUGCCCCUUGCAUGGGGACCUGCAUAUAAGGCCAUUUGUGGCUGCCAAUAAACAAAUUCCUGCUUACCCUCAACAUAGAGUCUCAUCUCAUGUGUGGGAGGGAAACGGCUGUAUCACUCUGGGGAUUGCUAUAUCACUAUACUCCCCUGGGAAUACAAUCACUUACUCUUUUAAAAGCAUAUUGCUACACUUUUAUGGAAGAGAGGUCUACCCACUGGAAGCUGGAUCCUGGUCUUUGGUCCAGGGUGGGUGGAGGACAGCGAGACCCCAUCCAAGCUGUAACGCUGGAAGUGGGGACUAUAGUACUGAUGGUGUCUGGUGCGGUGCUUGUGGUACUCGGUAAGCACUAGGAAGCAGCGAUUGGCAGAGGCACCCAGUCGAGGUGCCAGGUGGUCCGUUACAAUCAAGUCUUGAUAAAGGCUCAGACAGGAGCCAAAACGUUGUCUCCACUUUCUUGUUCCAAAUAAAAAGACUGCCUUUUAGAAGAAACCUCAGGUGUGCCUGGAUAUUUAGCUUUUCUUCCAUAUGACAAGAUAAUAUAACUUUUCUAGACUGUUAAAUUUUAGUAUUUCAACAAUUUGAUGGUAAUGAAAAGUGCAAAUACUCUAUCAAUUUGUCUGUAAAUCAUAUCAUAUGUGCGUUAUUCUUCUUUGCUGUUCAAUUGGGCUACCUUGUGAUUGGGUCUGACUUUAUUCAAACAUAGUAUUUUAUUCAGACUAGGUGUAUUAUCAACAUAGCUAGUCAACCCAUUGUAUAUCCACAAAAGGUCAAGUUGCACUGACUUUGCAAUCAACUUGCCCUGUACGAGCUGCAAUAGCUGUCAUGCGAAAAACUUCAAAGUUGUCUUUUCACUAAAAACAUGUUGGUUACAGAGUUUUCAGUUUGUUUGUUUUUUUGUUUCUUUUAAGUAAUGCUUAUGUAAUAAAGCAAGUCACAUACAUACAUCAUUUGUUAACACAUUUAUAAAAGUGACAUGUUCUGAAAUGUGGCGUAAUCAUUGUGGUUAGCAGCACAGUCAACAGGUACAUUAGAUAUGUAAUUUCUUUACUUUUAGAACUUUGUACCCCAUUUUGAUUAUGACCAUGUAAUAAAUCUUCCUCAUUGAGUACCAGAGAGACCAAGAAAAUCUUUUUUUUUAAAUUUAGAGUAGAUUUAACACUACUGAACUGAGAAAACAAAUCCUUGCUGUAGUCAAUAAACACCUGCUUUGGGUUUUAACUACCCUAAAUAGUAUGCUUACAAACAGUGUGUUGUGGAGAGUAUAGAGUUUACAUACAUUAUUUAGGCUAAUAUCGCUGAUUAAGUUGAAAUAUGUCUAUCUUGGUUAUUGCACUAUGAAUGUGACCCAACUGAUGGCAGAUGACAACACAUAAAAAGUCAUUGUUUGGUGAAUAAGCUCUUAAAUCUAUAGAAAACAAUUGUAGACUAUGUAACAAAUCUAUUUUGCAAGAAAUAAGAACGCUUGUCUGAACCUGGGAUCAAAGAGGUUAUUUGAAGCACUGAGCGUCAGUGUAAAUCUAUUUAUAUUCUUUAUGCAUUGUGGUAGAAAUGCAUGUGUUUCCUAAUAUAUAGGUCCCUUCUCUGCAGGGAUGUUCAUUUCCUCUAUCGUCUUCUCUUAUCUUUUAAAUUGUGGAGGCUGAAGGAAGGGUUAAAAGAGGAAAUCUUUUAGAAGAGCUGACGAAUCUUGGCUUUAAUUGAAAGCAAAUGUAUACCUUGUCAGGCUUUGUAAUAUUUAGAUUUGUCAAAUUAUUGGUAAUCUCUUAGUCAGGCUAGGGAAAUGUUGUGGAACCAUUUAACCCCUUGAGCAACGAGCAUGAUGUGGACAAUGAAAAGGUCUGUAAAAAACAGUCAGGGCAUUUAAAGCUCACCAUCUGCAUAGGAAUCAGGAAUUUCAAGUAUGUGCAAUGAAGAGGUGCUGUUGCUGUAAGGUAAGCACAUGUAUUUGAACAAUUAAAAGCGUACACCAGGGCUGUUUUGUAUAAAAUGAAGAAAUCCUAAACUAUGUUGUGCACCUUCUUGCUUGGAAGGUGCAUAUAAACUAUUAUUGCAUCACACCAUCAAUAUAGUAUGGAAUAAAUUAAAGGGUUACUAUAACCCUUUUGAGACCCUAUAACUGAUUUUCAGCAUAAUAUGCCCUACUAGGCACUAUAGGGAAGGUCCACCCGCUCAAUUUCGCAGUAAAACCUAUAAAAAAAUAAAUAAAUAAAAAGUUUUAGUCACCUGAAAUCCUGCAUUGAGCUUCUGGCUCUGCUCUUCCAGGUCCCCUCCAGACAUCAGAAGCCUGUAAUUGGACCAUUUAGCUGACUCAGAGCUCAAGCGCGCACUCCAAGCGAGAGCGAAUUUGAAAACAAAAACAAACAAUGAGUACAGAGCGAGGUGGGAGGGGAGAGCUAGCUUCUACCUGCAGAGGCAAGAUUCUACGUCUGGUAUCAUUGUGCAGUGUGCACUGCCAACAGAUGAAAUGAAUGCACAGAAUUGACAUUAGGCAGCCCAGAACAUAUAUCUCAGUAUGGGCAGUGUUUCAAGCAGAAGCACUGCACAUACAUAUUCCUGCCACCAUGACCACUUCAAGUCACUGAUUAAGAUGUCUUUAAGACUGCCUACUGGGUGUCCUUAGAUUGACCAUGAAGGCCUGAGGAGAUACAUAAAUUAUUUCACUAAAAUGGUUAAUUAAAACUAUAUUCAAACUAAAUUAAAAAUAUUAGGGCAAAACAGCCAAAUGUAAAAAUUCCCACGUCAGCUAUGAUUUCAGUAUGGCUAUUUGAGCCUGAUUACUAGACUUGUUAUGAUAGUGAUUCCACGACACAUUUAUUAUGUCUGUGGAUGACAGUAUUCCAUGCAUUUGGCAUACCAGAGUUAAAUGUAAAUUCUGUCAGUGAAAUAAAUCUUAAAGAUCUUGCACCUGUAAAACGUAUGUCCGAACCCUGAAGAAAUUAAACUUCCCUACUUGUUCCUGUUCUUGCUGAGCCUGCACAUUUCCAGGAGGUCCCUUCAUCACAAGUGGAGCCUCGCAUUUCACAAGGUUGUGGUGGAAGGAUGCAAUAGUAACUUGUUACCUCACCCUACAAAAAUGCUUUGUUCCUUAGAAAGUGGAAACCGUCUGAGGUUUGUGGUUUGAAGGGAGCUGCUAGUAUAUGUACUUCAUCAGGACAUAGAGCUGGUGGUAAACUUAAAGCUACUGCCAGAUCAUACAAAAAGGUUAAGAUGCUGACUCAGACAUUGUUUAAAAAAAAUGUUUAAUUUGCUACCCAUACUUCCCAGGACCAAACUGAUAAAUCGAAAAUAUGAAGUGAUUAUUUAUUUUAUUUGUGCUUUUAUAAACAGAUAUUUUUAUGUCCUAGAAAAAUGUGGCGUUAAAUUAAGUUAAAACUGGAUAGGGACAGGGAUGAUGGAAGAUAAUGAUACAAUUGUAAAAACAGUAUGUAGAUAUGACUAUAUGAUGGAUGGACAGAUUUCCACAAAAUAUUUGAAUAUUGUUUUUUUGUUUGCAGCAUAACUUCAUUUUUAGAUGAUAUUCAGAUUAUGCUUCUUGAAAGGUCUCAUUUUGUUGUUUUUUGGGGGGGGGAUGGACAUAGUCUGUAAUUAAAUGCAUCUGCUGGCUGUGAGGGCGUCUGUACUUUGUCUGUUGCUAGACUAGUGGUACUCAAACAUGGUAUUAUAGAGACAUGAAUACAUAGUCUGGCUUCAUCUUGUGGUCAGUGAUGUCAUUGUGUUUAUCAUUACACAGCUAGAGUUCAGAGUGUACUCAUCCACCCUCCUACUGCACCAAGCACUGUUAACUGCAAAAUCAGCUUAUCUGAUCUCUCUGUAACAGUCAUAUGUAUUUUAUAUUAUUAAUACUUAUUCUAAAUCAAGUUUUUAAUCUCUUGCUUAUUAAUGUACAUUUUUAGCAAGGUAAGAUCUGCUAACUGGUGAAAGGUUAGAUACAUUUUUAUUUAAUUUGAUUCAUUUAUUUAAUGAGUCAUUAUAUUUGCUAGACAAAGAAGCUUCAGAGAAAUAAAAAUACGUUAUUUUUCUGGAAUCUCUCCAAAUUCCAUUUACUCUCUGUAGCGGAAUUCCCUGUACCCCGGCUGCAUACCUCCGCCUAGUACCGCUUCCUAGCUGGUACCAGCGCUUCUGCCCCAGUCACCUUGGCUUGACUGGGGUCCUCCUGGAGCCUCUCCAUCCUGGAACAGAAUAGGGGACUAGCUCUAUUUCCUCCCAGGGACUGGAUAACACACAGUCCUGGGAGCUCUAGUCCUUACAAGGACUUUCCCCGCCGAAUCCUUCAUGAACUGGAACAAGGUGCUGAGCAGUGAUUAUAGCCCUUCCCCUCCCAGUAACUAGAUGACACAUAGUUCAGGGACAGAUAGCCAGCAGGGGGUCUCCAUUGUAUACAGCACAAGCCCCUCCCAGGAAUCUCUGGGCCUGGGAGAUAAUUGUGUUAAAGAUCGGUAAGCUAAUUAUAUCCCAGGAACAGAGAGCAAAACACAAAAAUAUAAAAACAUAAAAAGUACCCCAAAACAAACAUUAAAUAACCCAUCUUUAAAUAGCAUUGAUUGGGGUGCACAAGUUUUCCAAAUAGCGCUCAGAACCAUGAAGUGUAGGGCAAACUCCACCGUGUUAAAUUUUUGACCGGCCACACACGUGGUCCAAUGCCUAAAAUAGGUCCAGGGCAUUUGGUGCUUUUGUCGGUCAACUCUCGGGAGCUCCUGUGGCCGCAAUAGGGGGUGCUCCUCCUGGCUCUUAGGUAGCGGUUUUUCCCCUUAGUCUCAGGCACCUUCCCUCCAAAAAGUGCUCUCCUGGCGGAUAUCAAAGUGGAUCAAAACUGCGUAACAAGUUGUCCAGGAACCGCACAGUCACCUCAUGCUGAAAACAGUUCCAUAACAUUCGCGGCUAAGUCCCAUUGAAGUGACCAGGAACCCACACAGUCCUCAUGAUGAAAUUAAUUCCAUAGCGGUCACGGCUAAGUACCACUGAGGACUAUUUGUGAGUUUGGUUCAUGCGAAUGGCCGCCAGAGAGCCAGCGUUCGGUUCCUUUCGCAUGAAGGGCAAGUGCUAAACCAGGGGAACUCAGGGCAAGCUACUAAUGGCGGCUGGGCAGGAUAACUCCCAAACGGUGUCCCAGACCUGAACCAAAGUCUGUGGGCAGCAGGCAAGCUUCCACACUCCUCCAGGAGUCCGUGGCAAAAGUACAUGGGAAGGAGCGUUUGUCACAGUCUCUAUUCAUUCUGAGUUUAAAAAUUUUUUUUAAAGAAAUCACUCUGUAAAUAUUUAUGGCAAAAGCAAUGGAUAAUCUCAAACUAUAUAUCCAUUUUAUCAAGUGUAGUGUUUAGAGAGAACUCCUUAUUGAAGCUUUAUUUUAUAAUUUUGGUAAAUAUGUAAGUAUUAAAAGAAUAAGUUUUAUCAAGAAAAAAAGUGUUCAUUAGAAAUACUGUAUUAUUUAUAGGGAUCGACCGAUUAUCGGUUUUACCGAUAUAAAUCGGCCGAUAUUCGGUAUUUUUGGCAAUUCCCGGUAUCGGCCAAUUCAGAUACCGAUAUUGCCGAUAAUACCUCCUAGGACCGCCAGGCUCAUUACAAGCCCGGCGGUCCUGGGGGGGCGGGCAGCAAGUGUUUACUCACCUCCCAGCAGCUCCUCCAGCUCCCCAGUGUAACUCUCGCGAGACCCGCGGCCGUCAGAGCGUUGCCACAGGUUACCAUGGCAACGCUCCGCGUGGCACACUGGCCGCGAGACUUACACUGGGGAGCUGGUGGAGCUGCUGGGAGGUGAGUAAACGCUUGCUGCUGGCCCCCCACAGCUCAGCCAAUGCCACUGGACCACCAGGGACUGCUAUACCCCCCCUCCCUGGCCAGGUAACAAGCAGGGAGGGGGGGGACAACAAAAAUAAAUAAAUAUAAAAAAAUAAUAAUUUAAUAAAAAAUGCCCCCUCACACACACACACUCCAUUAUAUACACAUAUACACACACACUAUACACACACACACACACACACACACUACACAAACACACUGUGUAUAUAAUGCAGUGUGUUUGUGUAGUUUGUGUAUAUAAUGUAGUGUGUUUAUAUAAUGCAGUGUGUUUGCAUAUUGUGUGUAUAUAAUGCAGUGUGUUUGUGUAGUGUGUUUAUAUAAUGCACAUUACACAAACACACUGCAUUAUAUACACACACACACACACACACACUCUGCAUUAUAUAAACACUACAUUCACUAUACACACUACACAAAUACACACACUCUGCAUUCAUUAUAUAUACACACACACACACACACUUUGCAUUUAGUAUAUACAGCAUUCACUUUAUGCACACUACACAAACACUCUGCUUUCAUUAUAUACACACACUACACAAACACACACUGUAUCCACUACACAAACACACUACACAAACACACACAGCUCCCCUGUCUAAACACUCUGCAUCCAUCCACUUUAGAAAUAGUUUUUAUUUUCCAAAAUGGUAAAUGUACAGAAUAUCGGCCUGAAAGUUCACAGAAUAUCGGUAUCGACUCUAAAAAAAAACUAAAAAAAAACAAUAAAUCGGUCAAUCCCUAUUUAUUUAUUAAGAGAAAAAAAUUGCCACCUGUUUAUACAUCAGGAUCACCAUUGGUUUGUACCUGGCAGUGGUGUACAUUGUUUUAAAGUUAAUUAAAUCAGUGAUAUUAAUUAGGCAAUAAUAUUGAUACAAUGGGAAAUUGUUGAAAAUAAAACACAUCUCAUUGUAUCGGGGGAACUUACAUUGAUACAACUAUUAAUAUUCCAUUCAAAGCUGGGAAACUUUUAAAUUUAAUAAUGUUACCCAUUUAUCUAAACUAGCAUACCAGCUGUAUUAUGCCUUUAAGAGGGCUGAGCCAGAGUGAAGUUUAAAUUAUAUUAGAGCGAUAUUAAAGGCUCAGUCAUACACUUAUGAUACAAAUUAUAUCAAAGCAAGUCACAUUUGCAUGCUUUUUUACAAGUUCAUUCUAGAAAAUAACCUGUAUUAUUUAUUUGAAAUAAUUAUAUUAAUCCUCUACUACUGAUGCUUAACUACAGUUCACAUCAUCCUUAUCAGACUGUGGGUUCUUGUGAGUCAACUGUUGGAUAGCUACCAGUUGCUUAACCUCUAGAAGACUAUGUAUUCUGGAACAAAAAUCCCUCUCGUUCUAUGUACCUAUUUAUUUGCUUCAGUAACUGUGAAUAAGACACUAGCUACCACAAAAACCCUUGAAACUGUCUCCAUGUGACCCUGCAACUAAUGUAGAGCGAAGCAUGACACACUUUCCUGUCCUGACACACACACCGAAUUUUAGUGUCUACUGAUCAGCGAUAGAGCAGCCAUUUUCUAUUCUCCACAGCUGUUCUGUCAAUGUGGCAUUCAUGUGUGGGGGUGGGGAAGUAGCAUCCACCCCACCUGCCAUAAAUAAUCCUUACUUUCAGUGAUUCAUCCACUGUUAACAUGCAAUCCCUCUUAAAUAGCUCUUAUAUUUCAUUUUCUCUCCACAUUUUUAUUUUCCAAUGCGUAAUCACAUUUUUCUUAACACUGACUUCAUACAUGUGAAAUGCAAUCCGCUUAACGUCUGUUUGGUCUACAUGUACAUUAUUAACACAUUCCGCAAACUUAUACCCUUCCCUUACUUUUCAGACAGUCUUUUCUGCAUUUUUUUUUUUGGUGUGUUGCAUGUGACGCAUAAUGAAAUAUAAUUUUUAUAAAAUGCCAAGCCACAAAAUAGAUUUUUUUUGUUUUUCCAUUUCUUUUCUGAAAUAUAGAUUUCUGUGUGUAGGGAGACAGAGCAAGUAUAUGUGUAACUAAUCUGUUGAUCUAUAUUGUAUGCUGUUUUGAAUGCAAUAUUUAACUUGCGUCUUGCAAAGUGUUUUAACAAAAACACAACACACUGGUUGAAUGGCAAAUGUAUGAUAUGACAGCAUUUUAGGUUUAUUGACUGGUUUGCUUGAUAUUUGUAAAUGAAUGUCAAGCAAAUUAUAUAUAUAUAUAUAUAUAUAUAUCUUUUUUUUUUUUUUAAUUCUUUAUUUUAUUUGUGCAUAUGAUUAACAUGUGUGUUUGCUUUGCCACAACAGCAUGGGCAAACCGAACUUUACACACAUAAGGAUAACAAUAUGGCAUUUUAGGCAUUGCACAUUUUUUAUGUUAAAAUAUUAGGAUACACAUAAAUGUCUCAGUGAUAUGUGGUACAGGAUGGACAAAACAACAAUGAACUCAGUGGCUUAAGAUGGGUGUUCGUAGCAAGUAUCAUCGUUUUAGUGUUAUGAUUUUGGUGUAGUUAUAUUCAGUUAUGCUUAUCUAAGCUUGAGAGAGGGGCAUGCAAUUUAUACAGUGACAUCUGGUCUAAAUAACCAUUCAUUUAUCCUGCGUAAGGUUAUAUGUCUAUCUAUCCGAGUAAGUUAGGUAAUAAACAGUAUUUGUUAUCCUUGCUAAGUUUUAAGCAAAUUAUAUUUUUAUGUUUCUGCCUUAAGAGAUUAGUUAAGUUUCUUUUUUUGUGUAAAAUAUAUGUAUGGGUUGUUUAUUAUAUGUAGAAAGGGAGAGUGGGCAGUUACAGAAAAAUGCAAAAUAGAGAUUAUUGCUAGAAUAUUAUUUCCAGUUAAAGGAACAGUCCAAACAAUAUAACCAUUACAGCACACGUUGACUUUUUUACUUUGGGACUGUCAUGUUCCGCCUCAUCUACAUCGGCUAGAGAGCUAGUAUCCGGCAGUGCAGGGCUUAGCUCAUGGCUGAGCGUGAUCAGCCGACACUCUCAGCCAUGAGGUAACCCAGCACUGCAGAGAUUAGGACUUAUUUAUAAAAUAUUUUACCAGGAAGGCUAUAUUGAGAUUUCUCUCGUUCUCAGGUACGGGUAAGACGUCAAGCCAUUCUAGAACAAACUACUUACAAUGGUGCCAGGGCACACAUGGCACUAUACACACUACAGCAUGUUGUAGUGGUUAUGGAACUCAAAGUGUUUCUUUAAAAAUUGAAAUCCAUUUUUACCUGCUACCCUACUAUAUAAUAUUUGUGCUAUCUUUGCUAAAAACACAAUAAUUACUACUACCCACUGUAGUGAUUAUGGCCUUAUAAGUCUCUUUUGAGAUGUUUGAUUAAAACUAGUGCUUUCCCAAAGAAUUGAGAGCCCAGUGUCUGGUUAUCUACUUUGGUUAAGUUGCAGAUAAAUGUCUGCAUUAGCUGCACAAUACUGUUCAUCCUUGGGACAACAAUGAUUGGUUGUGAGCACUGAGUGCUGUUUUUCCCUGCGGCUGCAGAGGGACUGGUUUUGGAUGGCAAGUUUUUGUCAUGCAGCUUGAAAGCGUCAUUGGACAAUGGACUACAAUGAGCUGUCGUGCUUAUAUUGCUUACAGUGUCCCUUUAAUAUACAGAACAAUUAGCUACUUUAAAAAGCUUGCUCAUUUUAUGUAUUGUAUUGUUUUAAGCAGCUCUGCUGGGAAACUAAUCUAUUCACACCCUUUGGUCUUUGAAAUGUGGAGAGGCUUGUUAAUAAAGAACUGUGUCUAAUUGUCUGUAUCUAGUAUUCACUUAAGGGAUGUUCACUGUAAAUGGAUUAGAGGCAGUCAGGUGGCUAACUGCAUUUAGGUUACUGACCCAUACAAUGGCUGCCAUACACUGUGCAUUAUAGAUCCCUCUGGCAGUAGAAGAUGCUAAUAAUAUAGCUGUUAUUACUGUGUGAAAAUCACCCUAGCAGAGGUGAGAUGUGUGAGUUCCUUCAUCUGGAGGCCAGGUUCUGACAGCUAUAAGUGAUGCCUAAAGAGAGAGCACAAGAUCUCAGAUAGAGCCAAGGUGGAUCAAACGUAAUUAUUCUGUUUUCUCACCUUACCUUGAAUACGAAGAUGUUGACUGAUUCCUAGCUUAUGUUCCUGUGUCACUUGCAGCUGUUGAUCAUACAUGACCUGAGGACAGGUUAGCUGAAUCUGACAUACCUCUGAGAUUAUUAUAUACACACACAGCUGACUAAUUGCUGCUUUACCUCUUACCAGCAGACAGAGUUGCCUAUGAGGCUGUUAAAAUAGUUUUAACUGCUGUUGUACCAGAACAGAAACCAGUUACAACAUAGACAUACAGAAUUUAAUGGACAGUGAAACCAGAAGGCGUAGUCUGGCUACUUAUUUUCUGCCAGGUGUUGCUCCUUGUUUUAUGGCCAGGCUCUCGUUUGUCUACUGCUGGGAUUAUUCACAAAACUUUUUGCAAAUUAAAUCCGAAUGGAAAAAUUGAGGAUAAAACAGAGAAUUUUUGACUAUGGCUGUAUUGGAGAAUUUUUUUGAGAUCAGCUAGUUUUGCCUUAGCUUUCAAUUUGGAAUGAACAUACAGGUGAAAUGUAUGGGUUAUCAUUGUUAUUACUAUUGUUUAUUAGUGCACCAAUAAUAUAUUGGAAGGGGAUAAGGGCCCUGCUUAAAUGCAUAUACAAUCUUAGGGAAGUCUGAUUGUUUCGAUGAAUAAUGAUACAGGGAUUGAUAGCUUUAAAACAAAAUUCUAUGUUACAUUUCUUUUUGAAACCAGAACUGUUAUAAAUCACUGCAAAAAUGACUGCAUAGCUAUCAAUCAGACCACAGCUUGAACGGCAUUUAAACACACGUGCAUUUCACAAGGCUCAUUUUAGCGCUGUGCCCUUCCUUCCGACUCCCUGGCUGGUCUCAAAAUUUAUAAGCCUUAUGCUGAAAAUCUGAGGUUUUUCAAUGGGUCAUUGCCUUGGCACAGACUGAAAGUCUGUUCCAGGAAAAAGGAAAAGGCUUGCAAAGGCUGCAGACAAAUGUCAGAUAUACCUUGUUGUGGGGUAUAUCUGCAUGUUUUUGUUGUUUUUCUCAGCUGAGUGUUGCUUAACUUGUCAGACUCAUUGAGUGUAGGCGGUAACCUUGAAAAUUUUAUAGUGCAGUCCAUUGUGUACAAAUUUCUACUAAUGCGUGCAUUCUCUCACACCCACACAGACCUCACCUGCAUUAUGCUUCUAGAUUUUACAAGAUUCGUGCCUAUCUAAAAUGAUUACAGAUUUAGUAUAAUGUUUUAUUGAAUUAUAAAACAAAUGAAUCAUACUUUUAAAGGAUUUAGCCAGGAAGAUGUGCCUUUAGCUUUCACUGGUUCCCAAGCACUCGUUGGCAUCUAGAAGAUGUUGUUACCUAUUUUAUUAAUGCUUACUUUAGAAGACUGAACUGACAUUCAUAGUUUUCAAACCUGUAUCUUUUGACAUAUGGUAGUUGGAGCACUAACUACUGAACUAUCCCUUGGCAACUCAUAUUUGGAUUAUUGCUUAGCUUUGUUGCAUUCCUGACACAAACAGGUUAAACUGUAACUGCUGUGUCCUGUGAUUUGCAAGCGCUGCAGGCAUAAUAAGUAUAAUCUGCAGCUACAACAAGAAGCUCUAUAGAUAUCCAAGUCAAAUAUUUUGCUGGCAGAAUGUGCGUGUACUCUGGAUAAGUAAAAGAGAGUUGAUUAAACCGUCGGAAUAUCAGCUAUGGUGAUAGGUGGUGUGAAUGCUUUGCAAGUGCGGCUUUUCAUUAAAUAUUACCUUGUUAAAAAGGGACAUCCGUCUAUUUGCAGCACAUACAACAACAACAUGUUUUAACAAUUCUCAGUCCAAUGUAUUCCUAAGGAAAUAAAAAAUAUUUUGACUUAACCUGUCAUACUUUUAUUUAAAAUAACACUAUAGCGUUAGGAAUACAAAUCUGUUUUCUAACUCUAAAAUGUGUUCCUGUCUGUUCUCCCUGCUUUCUACCCCCCCCCCCCCUCACCUUAUUGCAAUAAAAAUGAUGAUGAUUUUACAUACCUUGUCCCAGCGUUGAAACCCCCACAGCACUGUUUCAAAGGAGGCAUAUCCUCCUCCGCUGAUGUCAAAAUACGCAAUGCAUAGUGGGUGCCGUUCGCAUUCAAACUUUCCCAUAGGAAAUCAUUGAAUCAAUGCUUUCUUAUGGGGCAUCCAUUUCGCAUGACCGAGUUUUACUCACUAAGUGCAGUUGAAGCAUCUCUAGUGUCUGUCAUGUUUAAAAAAAAAAAAAAAUGCAAUAUUUUACAUUGCGGGGUUAAAAGGACACUGCACCCAGAUCACUUUAAUGAGAUGAAGUGGCCUGGGUGACUAUAGUGUCCCUUUAAGAAUGUCCUUUUCUGUAAUUAAACUUGGAUUGUAUCACCCCUUCUUUGUUUUAUAUUUUAUGUGAAGCAGAAUUCCAUCAUUACUUGCAAUGAUAGUAGCACAUCUUGCAGAAUGUAAAAACGGGUAUAGCCCAACAAAUUAGAAAAGACAGGCUUCUGGUUUUGCACCCUGGUUGUGAAAGCCUGUGCUAUAAUAAUAAGCAGAUUUGUUCUUACAUCUUAGCCAGAUGUUUGGCAUUUAAACAGCUGGAGUCCAUAUAGUGUUUUGCAUAUUAAUGGUUAUGUCCAACCAACAGUGUUGCAUGCCACAGCACAGUGUAGUUGUGAAUAAACAGGGUCAGAAUGUACUACUGAAUAAUAAUAUCAUGGAGUUUGGAUGUUAUUUCUUGUGGAACCAGCGCAAUGAGGCAGGAAAUAAAGAUACGGUUUUAUAUUAUUUCAUUAUAAUUUAGUAAGUCUAAAUAUGUACCGGUAUGUUGCAUGUAUACAAUAGCUCCAUUCUAUGGUCCAAUGUGUUUAUAGAUGGCAUUUCUUUUAACUCAGAAUUCAAAGAUUAUGUCAUCCUCAAUCAUUAUCUUAACGGAUAUACAUUUAAAAUGUAUCCUGCCUUGUUACCACCCCAGUGUCAUAGAUACAUUGUCUCAAGAAGACGAGGGAGAGACAAUUCAGGGAGGCAGUGUGUAUACAAAACGUAAAUACCUCUUUGUAGAAGUUUAUAUCUAAAAAAUACUCUGGACAUAUUUUAAGGGAAAUAACCUCUACUUCAAUUGUUUUGCUUCUAAAGUAGAUAUGGAUCUGCAUGAAAAAGCAAUGUUUUUUCUUUACAUUUUACAUACAGGAAGUGUGCUGCUGAUUCAGGACUCCACUUCCUGUAUAUGGUUCGUAACCGUAUUUUUCUGUUUCAGGAUGAACCAUUUCAUUGUGAAAGCAUCUAUUCUCAGAUGGCCCAUUAAAAUAAAUGAUUGUGUAUUCUCUCCAAUGAACAGUUGCCAAGGGAAAUUAACACCAUAUUUACUAUAUGUCUUUUGUAGCUCUCUUCAUCUAAUAUUUGGGAGCUGUUCAGUUCACGAUACCACAUAUGAACGAUGUAAAUUUCUAUUUUUUUUUCCAGACCUCACAAGCACGUAUUUGUUACAUAUAAUGAAUGAGAAAACAGAAUAUUAAAAAAAAAUCUAGGGAAAUAGCAGUUCCCCUUUAAAGGAGGCCUGAAUCUGUUAACACCAUCUGUGUGGCAGUCUGUCUGUGUUUGCUGUGAAGGCAACUAAACAGUUACAUUUCAGAUAGCAACUGGACUGUGUAGUUCUUUGGAGCACUGACAGCCUUGAAGAUUAGCAGCUUUGGAGAUUUGAUCAUAGACAGACUUGUCAAGUCAUACAAUGUCCUUGUGUAACACAUGAGGACUCUUGUCAAGUCAUACAACAUCUUCAUGUGACGCAGACAGGCUUAGUCACUCUGUGUUGGAUGGACUGUUCUAAAUUGCCUCAUGAGCACAUGUUUAAACGCUUUCAUGCUGCUCUUGCCAUAACGUACAGGGCAUUUAACCUCAUGCAUGAGUGAUUUUGCAACAAUUUUUCAUUUGGGAAGCCAUGAUUGUCAUCCUGGCAUGCAUGUGCAUUGACACGGUAUCCCUUAGUGGCCUGAAACACUACCCAUGAUCCUAGUUGAGUCGAGCAGGGCUAAUUACUAAAGUGAUAAUUAUUAGGUGUUCAAAGUAAAAUUCAAAUUUAAAGCCACAGUAGCCAAACCUGAAACAUUCUCAGAGUCAGCUAUGGUUUCACUUCAGCUGCUUUGCCUUGCAUUUUCACUUUGAAUUCCUGACAAUUCUUACUUUAGUGAAUAACCCCGACGGUCUUGUGCACAAGACGACGAGCCUGCUGCCCCCCAAACCUUAUCCAAAUUUCAGGUCUGCCAAGCAUGUCAGUUCUGAGUUGUAAACACAGGCUUUAUAUGGAGAGUUUUGUAUGUAAAUAAGCUCCAAGUAGAAGUUUAUUUCUGUUCAAAAAUGCUAAUGUCUUUUUCGCAUUAGGAUUUUAUAGAGUACUGUUUAUUUCUUCAUAAACUGUGACUCAUAAGUCAUUGUAAUAACACCCUUUACGAAGUCCUAAUAAAAUGCCCUAAAGGCAUUUUAUUAUGUCUUUGUAUAAAACUAAAUAGAUAUUUAAUAGGGGGCAUUCCAGGAAGAUGUUGACUCCUUUUAAAAUGCAUUUUGUAAAUGAUACUCCAAAUUUUUUUAAAGAAUAGCAGCAAAAAAAGACACUUAUCUAUGAAUUCCAUUUGUUUAUGGUAAACCCUUAAAGGACCACUAUAGUGCCAGGAAAACAAGCUCGUUUUCCUGGCACUAUAGUGCCCUGAGGGUGCCCCCACCCUCAGGGACCCCCUCCCGUCCGGCUCUGGAAAGGGGAAAAGGGGUAAAACUUACCUUUUUCCAGCGAUGGGCGGGUAGCUCUCUGCCUCCGAUCCUCCUCCAUUCCCCGUCGGCUGAAUGCGCACGCGCGGCAAGAGCUGCGCGCGCAUUCAGCCGGUCGCAUAGGAAAGCAUUAUCAAUGCUUUCCUAUGGACGCUUGCGUGCUCUCACUGUGAUUAAUUUCACAGUGAGAAUCACGUAAGCGCCUCUAGCGGCUGUCAAUGAGACAGCCACUAGAGGAUUUGGGGGAAGGCUUAACCCAUUUAUAAACAUGCAGUUUCUCUGAAACUGCUAUGUUUAUAAAAAAAAAAAAUGGGUUAGCCCUAGUUGGACCAGGCACCCAGACCACUUCAUUAAGCUGAAGUGGUCUGGGUGCCUAGAGUGGUCCUUUAAGCUUUUCCAUUACUCUGAUAAUGGCAAGGAAAGGGUUGUGGUUUCUCAACCAAGCAUGGCCUCCUCAAUAUUCUCUACCGCAGGCUUCCCCAAACUCUGGCCCUCCAGAUGUUGCUGAACUACAACUCCCAUGAUUCUCAGCCUAUCUAUUUCAUUAAUAGAAUCAUAAGAGUUGUCAUUCAGCAACAUCUGUAUAAUAAAUAUUUGAUUUGUGAAAAAAUAAUGAACUUGUCAGAUGUAUCAAGUUAAAACCAACGCUCGAGAUGUGCAGGUCUCUAUUUUAUUGGAUAGUAUAGCACAUGCUGGGUGCCUAGGUCCUUUGAGUCAUUAAACUAGUGUUAACGAAGAGUCACAUAUGUUAGCGUCUUACGAAUAUUUGUCAGGGGCAUGUACAAUAAUUCUGUCUGACCAGUAUCAGGGAUAGGGAAAAAAGGUGGGAUAGUAGGGAUGGAAAGAGAGAGGCUGGGAAUUGCCAUUAUCUGAACUUGUCAGGGUAGGGAUGUUGACCCCCUUAGUGCGGGAAGGUGUGGUAAGAAGCGUCAUCCUAGUAAUGGAGUUUGCCAGCAAACCCUUCUCCGGCUGUGGUCAGCAGCCCGUGUGCCCAAACAUCUAGGUAUUUUUGUGUUUUAUCUGUGGACUUCAUGUGUAGGUCCUCUAUGAUCCUCAAGUCGUCCAUCUGGUUGAACCAUUUUUCCAGUGUGGGUAUGUCUUUGUUAUUCUAAGAUUAGGGGAUUAUCUGUUUUGCUACAUUCAGGAUACUAAUUGUAAUUGUUUUUUUAUAUCUAGUGCUCGGUAUGGUUGUGUGGUGUAGGAUCAUUGAAGCAGGUUUGAAGGGGGGCGGCUGGUCAGUAAACUCCUGUAACAUGCCGUAUAUCCCCCUCCAGAAAGGUUGUAUCGUAUCACACUCCCACCAUAUGUGCAAAGCCGUCCCCAGCCUGGCAUCACAUGUCCAGCACUGCGCGGGGUAAUCCGGGUUCAUCAUGUGCAACAUGUCGUGGGUGCGAUACCAGUUUGUAAGCAAUCUGUAAGCUGACUCCUGAUUUUUGCUGAAGACGGAGCAGCGGUGUGUUAGGUAGCAUAUUUUAUCCCACUCCCCUUCGCCAAAACCUGCGGUUCAGGGCCGUUUCCCAUUUCCCCAUAAAUUUUGGGGACUCUAUUGGGAUGAGCAUUUGCAGCAUUGAAUAGAGGAAGGACACUCCGUGUGGGAGCGGCUCUGGAUCCAUACAGGUCUGUUCAAAUAGUGUGGGGGUGCGUUUCAGCACAUGCCCCUGUGGUAGGGUCUUGCUAUAGCUAGUCAGCUGUUUGUAUUUGAAUAUCUGUAGAAAGGUUGGAGUUGAUUCCCCUAAAAUGUUUGGGAGAGAUCUCAGUCACGUCUCAGAGUGGAGGUGGUGGAGUCUGGGCAGUGAGUCUGGGUAGAGGGCUUGGAAAUCGCUAGGGUCGAGGCCCGGGUUGAAAGUCAGCGUUGUGUGUCAAAGGAAGGAGUGACGAUGGGUAGGAAGUAAGGCCGCUCCUUCCUGCUAUCCUGUGCCAGACCUGUAUAGUGGCUUAUACAUAUAUGGGUGCAUUCCUCCAGCUCCCCCUGGUAACCACGGGAUUAGGGCUACGGGCAUCCCUAUAUGCAAACUUUUAAUUACAUUGGGCUGAGCCAUCUUUAGUCCUUUCUGUUUGUGCAAGCGAAUGAAUUGCAGUAUUGAACUUUAUCACAAUGACAUCCAGUAUAUUUGGAAAUACAACUUUAAAAUAGAAAAUUGCAGGGGACAUGCCAUAGGUAAGUAUUUACAUUGAAAAUGUCAUACAUCUGGUAUGAUGUGAACAAAUCAAAUAUACACAAUAUCAUAAGAUAUGAUUGGACUUUCUAUUUUUAAAUAGAAAUGCUAUUUUAUAUAGCUGAAUUUACCUGAUCUAAAUUUUGGAGUCUGGAUUAUUUAUUGCAAUGAGAAGCCCCCAAACAGUAUUUUCUGUAUUGAACUUUGGCAGUAGAGGUUUGGAGAAAUGUUUCUGUUAGGCAUAAGAUAAGCAUCGGUGUUCUUUCUGUAGUUUGUCCAACAGAAAAAACGAAUCACUUGCAGGUACUAGAUGUUGCAGGUUUGCCAUGUCUUUAAAGGACCACUCUAGGCACCCAGACCACUUCAGCUUAAUGAUGUGGUCUGGGUGUCAGGUCCCUCUAGGAUUAACCCUUUUUUUUAUAAACAUAGCAGUUUCAGAGAAACUGCUAUGUUUAUAAAUGAGUUAAUCCAGCCUCUAAAGCCUAUGAAUGCUUUCCUAUGAGACUGUCAGAAUGCGCGCGCAGCUCCUGCAGCGCAUGCGCAUUCAGCCGAAGAGGAGGCGGAGAGGAGGAGGAGAGCUCACCGUCCGGCGCUGGAAAAAAGUUACGUUUAACCCCUUUCCUUGCCAUCCAGCCCGGCGGGAGGGGGUCCCUGAGGGUGAGUAUGUUUUCCUGGCACUAUAGUGGUCCUUUAAGUCCAUAGUAAAUUAUUCAGUUGCUACUUUUGUAUAAAAAUAAUUGUAUCAAUAAAUGCCUGCUUUCUCACAUGCUGACACUUUGAUUUUACCUGAACUUGAUUUGUCUACUUUCCAAUGUGAUUUUAGAAUUGUACCUCUUCAUACUGCUUGCAGACAGGUAUCCAGUUACCUUUACUCAGCUGUCUGCAUUUGCCUGGUCUGUAUGAAUUAGAAUUUCUUUACUGGCUUCCAGUCUGUUUCCAGUCUGUUUCACUCCUGAGAAUUUUUGGCUUAAUGAUAAUCUUUGCUCCAGUUUACUCUGAUAACUGUCUCCUUCCUUGAGGAUACUCUAGUAGCCAAAAAGACCCAAUGGUGGCAGAACCUGAAAUAUCAGCCUGACAAUUUGUCAAUUCAAAGUGUCCUACUGCUACUUCCUGUCGUAGCAUUUCUCUAGUGUCCUAACUACCACUACUGCCUCAUCAUGGCAUCAUGAUUCUCUGGAACUGCACUGUUAAACAUUGCAGCACUAAGUGCAAAAGGGUCACAGCACCCAGACCACUUCAAUGAGCUGAAGUGGCCUGGGUGCCUACAGUGUACCUCAUAUCGCCAGUCCCACUCCUAUAUAUGGGGUUUUAGAACAAAAAAGACUAAUUGUUUACUCUGAUGGUAAAAAUGCAUUCCCUGUUUAAACAUGUUAACUGUGUUUAAAUGGUAUCAUACAAUUCCUCCCAAGUGUUUCCCUAUUUAGAAAAUCCAACUUUUAAUCUUAAAUCCAUCUGUCCUACUUUUCUAUCCUAAUGUCCCUCUUUUCUAGAAGCUUCAUAUUGUUGGUGUGUCUGAAUGUAUAACAGAGCUCCACAGCAAUAACACUCACAGUAAUGUGUUUAAACUACAAUAAAUGUGUUAAUCAGUCUGUGUAAAUAAUACAUAUUGUUCUUAUUUACAUUUUAAUUGCAUAAAUUGUUAUUAGUACGUAAUCUAAAAUUCCUCAGAACAGCCCAAUCACCUGGCCAUACCCCCACUCACACCUCUAAAACUAUAAAGUGUCCCUCUUUUUCCAUUUAAGAUGUUGAGAGGUAUGCGAUACUGUAUUUUUUUUUUUAUAAUCAAAACUGGCUUUAAAGAUAUUUUCUCUGUUUAACUAAAUAUUUAAUGGCACUAAACUUAGCAUCUUAACUACCCUUACCAUGAAAAAUACUGUUCAGUUGAUGGUUAUGGGAUCCCCUAUCCUCAAAUCUCAAUGAAUAACCCUAUGUUCUUACCUUAAACAUAAAGAUAUUAAGUCAUUUUCUGCAAUUCUAGGGAAAUAUUUUCCACAGCAGAGAAAAACUGUUUGACCUAUUUGCCUGCAUAACUAAAAUCUCGUAUUAUCUUAAAUCAUUUUAUCUCCUGCCUCAGUUCUCUUUCCAGUUGCCUGUCUUAUGAACUUGUGCCCAAAUCCAUAUCAAAGACUAACUGUCAGGCCAUGCGUAAAGACCAAAACAUUGCUCUUUUCUUACUCCUUUUAAAUGAACCUUUGUGAUUUUAUUUAUUUUUUUACCAGAGACUUUUGCAAAAUCCAAUUGCAGUCAGGCUUGCUCACUUUAUCUUACAAGUGUUUUCUCCUUUAUGAAUUACGUUCCACAAAUUGUGUUUGCUUACAUCUUACUUCUCACAUCUGACAAAACUAGGGAUUGUGUGCUACAGUUGAUGGAGGUAUUAUCAAUCUAUUUUGUAUAUGAUGUGUGUAUGUUGCAAUACAAGUCACCAGAGCCACUACAGUUUAUUUUAGCACUUCUAGUGUCUGAGCCCUAAACACUAUCUUUUCUUAAAAAAAAAAAAGGCAGUGUUUACAUUGCUGCCUAGUUACACCUCUAGUGACAGUCACUCAGACUGCCAUUAGAGGUGCUUCCUAGUCCAGUGAUGCACACUGUGCAGAACCUACGUUUAAUGCUGAAUGUUCCCCAUAGAGAUGCUUUGAUUCAAUGCAUCUCUAGGAGAAGAUGCUGAUUAGCACAGCGUCAUUUGCAAUAGCCUCCAGAUGCUUUCCUAUUGAUAAGCAAUGGAUUGGCUGAGAUCAUAAAGACCGAUGAUCUCCGCCAUGGUGGUGGGGCCAGCCACGGCAAUACCAGCACAGCGUAGGGGGAAAAAGGUGUUAAAACACCUUUCCUGACCUAUAGAAAGGAAAGGUGGUGUUUUUUACUCAUCUUUUUCCCUACGCUGUGCUGGUUUUGCACUACCAUUAUCCUAGAGUCAGAAGUUCCACAGAGGGAACUUACAUUACCUUUUCCUUUCAAUGCAGGGUUUAGCUCAAUGGCAGACAAACUUACAGCUCUUGGGAGAUGGUUGUGGAGGCAGGGAAUCUGUUACACAGCUGUUUAGUUCUCUAUAAUAUUAUAAUAAUUGUGGAUUUCACAAUAGUUCUCUGGAAUCGUUUGUGUAAUCUUUAUAACACAAAUUAAAUGUUUUGGGAUCCUUCUUUGUCAGUGACAGAGAAAAAUAAUCAGAUAUCUAACCAAGACAUGAAACCUGACUGAUCAUGUUAGAUGUGUGAUCUCAUUGUUCAUUUUCAAAACGAGAAAAGACUAUAUUAUAUUGCUUCUGCAUCUCUGCCCACAGAGUUUACACUUUCAACAACUGGCUCAUUAAACAAGCUGUUUAAACCUGUUUAAAAUGUCAGUUAAAUUUAAUUACAAGAGGGUGACCUCAUUUUGAACAUGCUAAUUAGCUUUGUUUCAAAGGCACGCACAUAAUAUAGAGAAAUAUGCUGUACAUCGAUAAAAUAUGUUAAUGUUGUUUCAGAAUAUUUCUACCAAAGAUAGUGCUCGAUAAAAAAAACAAGCAAAACAUAGUGGUAUAACACCAAAACGUGACAGCAGUUCACCCGACAAGUAUGCAAAUGGUUAACUUGCUAGUACCCUCAUCUAUAUUUAAAGUUCACUUGUGUAUUUAUAUUUUAUGAAAAUCAUAUUUAGUAGUAUUUCCAAGCCAGCAGGGAUUGCAUACCACCCCCUCCAAUAUGGCUUAGUUCACAGCUUCCAGCAUAUACCUCUUUAAAACUUUAAAAGUGAAAAAUUCUUUGCUGAUUUCUUCUUAAAAGAAAUGGCUCAAACACAAAAUUGAAAAUCUACAUAAUCUAGUGUAAUAAUGUAUGAUUAAUUACCACAAGACACUUUGCACUCACUUGAGUUGGAGCCUUUUAAAUUGGCUCUAAAUUUGCACUUUUGCUAGUUUUUAGGUACAAUUUUAAUUAAACCAACUCUAGAUGGUGCCCUCCAUUGUGUUUAUGUGUAUGUGCUUAUACUCCAGUGAGUCCUUUUCAGAAUCCAUCCUGGUUUUAUCAAGGAAUGGAGGAUGUCGCACAUAUAGUGAUGUAUAAAUACUUGGGAUCUAGAAAGCAAGGAACACUCCAAGCACAUUAACCACUUGAUUGCAAAUUCAGGGUGCCAUACAAAGUCUGUUCCCUUGUGUCAGUUCAGCACAAGUGUAUCAUUAGACUUGUCAUGUCACUAUGUACUAGAGCCAUUUUUACAUUUCUACACUUGCUUCAUUUUAACCGUCAAUUUUGGUGGGUUUUCUAAGUGAGGUUUUCAUUUUGGUUCUUAUGCAUUGCUCCCUGGUUUCUGUGCCUUGAAAAGCCCAACACCAACAGGCUUAAUUACUAAAGUGAGAAUUCAAAGUGAAUUUAAAAUUUAAGAGUAGUUGAACUUAAAGAAACACUAAAGUCACUCUGACCAUUUCAACACUGGGUCCUGUAUUUGUAACCCUUUAAUGUAAAAAAUAUCUGUUUUUUGCCUGCAUAACUGAGUAAAACUCGGUUUAUCAAUACAAUACUGCCGAUUCUAGCAUUUGAUUGAAGCAGCAAGGCUUGGUUACAUAGAAAUAAUUGUAUUUUGUUUUGUUCUAACUGUGGUCUCAACAAACUGCACAUCGUUUGAAAUCAGGACUAUAUAAGGCAACGCAGUACAAGUUGUUAAAAAGUUAUAGAUAAGAUAGUUUUAGGUUGUUGUGGGCCAACUAAUAUUCAACAACUUAAUUAGGAAAACUAUUUUUUUUUUUUUUAAAACCCAAGUUUGAAGAUUUUUUUUAAAUUUUUUUGCUGGAAGAACUUUAAAAGACAAAGCAACAGAGGCUUCCUUAAUAUACACCAAUGUUUGACUAAAGCAGUCGGCUGUGAUAUAAUUGUUUUCAUGGCCUUUUGGUCGUGAUCAUUACAUGAGUGGAUUAACUGCAGACUGCAAACUUUCUGAUUUGGCACUGGCUCAAAAUACAGACAGAAGAGGUUCAUUGUUUAAAAGCAUGGGAUUUUGUUAUAUCUUCAAACUUCUCAAAUCUACAGAAAACUUAUGACGUGAAUGAUCUGUUACUAAAUGUAAAAACGUUAAAUGUUAAAGGAUUGACAAUAAUAUGCCAAGAACAUAUUUCUUUUUGAUGAAUUAUUUUUCAGAAAAUGUAAAUACCAUGUGAUUUUGACAUGUAAUUGAACUUGUGUUUUCCAAAUAAUUUGUUUACUGUAUCCUAUUUGUCAGAUCAACAGGAGGCGUCAUAAGCAGAGUAGUUUAAUUAGAAUCUAUUGUCAGAGAUGAUUUAUUUUAAUGCAAUAAAGGAUUUAUUUUAUAAUUUUCUUCAUUUAUACAUAUUGUUAUUGUUUUUAUAAUUUCAGUCCCACUAUUGGUGGUACAGUCCCAGUUUCAGGAUCCUGUCCUGCUAUCCCAAUUUUGUUCUCUAGUGUCCCGCGUUCGGGGAUACCAGGGAUCUGUCUUCUUGCAAAACAUCUCAAAUGCAUCAUUAGAAAUGCUUGCACUGUGCAUCAGGCACAUGGAGCAUACAGAGUGCUUUAGCACUCUAUAUAACAUUUUCUACAUGGCAACCUUUGCUGUUGUCCAUGGCCCUUUACCAUGAACAAAUCAUUUAGAAUACUAUUCUGUUCUACUAGUAAUAUAGUAAGUUGGUGCUUUUAUUACAGUUAGUGGCAGUGUUGGGAUUUAAUUGAUUAAUCUCUUAACAAUAAAUUGCAUGCCUGUCACACCCUGAUUGAGGGAUUAGCCUCUAGUCCUUAAAGUUAAAAAUGAAUUUUAGUUAAUUAAAAAACAGCUCAAAUACUUAACUUAAGCUGCAGUAUCAAGUUCUUUUAAAGGACCACUAUAGUGCCAGGAAAACAUACUCGUUUUCCUGGCACUAUAGUGCCCUGAGGGUGCCCCCACCCUCAGGGACCCCCUCCCGCCAGGCUCUGGGGAGAGGAAGGGGUUAAACACUCACCUUUCUCCAGCGCCGGGCAGGGAGCUCUCCGCCUCCUCUCCUCCUCUUCGGCUGAAUGCGCAUGCGCGGCAGGAGCUGCGUGCGCAUUCAGCCAGUCUCAUAGGAAAGCAUUCAUAAUGCUUUCCUAUGGACGCUGGCGUCUUCUCACUGUGAUUUUCACAGUGAGAAGCACACAAACGCCUCUAGCGGCUGUCAAUGAGACAGCCACUAGAGGCUUUAGAGGCUGGAUUAACCCAUUUAUAAACAUAGCAGUUUCUCUGAAACUGUUCUUUUUAUUAAAAAAAAAUGGGUUAACCCUAGCUGGACCAGGCACUCAGGCCACUUCAUUAAGCUGAAGUGGUCUGGGUGCCUCGAGUGGUCCUUUAAGGAUAGAGGCAGAAUUAUCGCUUCAAGGCCUUAUGGUAAUUAAAGGCUAUAUAUAUAUAUAUCUUACACACAAUAUAUCUUAUACAUAAUGUGAUUAUGUUUUGAAAAAAUAUAUAACACCUCUGUUCCUGUGCAUCCAACUCAUCUUGUUGCAAAUCUUUGUAUGUUAGUCAUAGGCGUGCGCAGCCUAUUGCAUUAGGGUGUGCACCCUAAAGCACAAACACACGCCGCGCGUGUGUGUGUGUGUAUAUAUAUAUAAUAUACGUAUAUAUAUAUUCACAGACACACACACUCACACUCACAGAAACACACACAUACUCACACACUCACAGACACACACACACACACACUGACACAUACACACACACUCACAGACACAUACUCACACACUCACAGACACACACUGACACACACUCACAGACUCACAGACACAUACUCACACACUCACAUUGACACACACACUGACACAUACUCACACACUCACUGACACACACACUCACAGACACAUACUCACACACUCACACACUCACAGACACACACUGACACACACACACACUCACACACACACUCACUGACACAUACUCACACUCACAGACACACACUGACACACUCACAGACACACACACACACUGACACACACUCACAGACACACACUGACACAUACUCACACACUCACAGACACACACACACACACAAAUUAUUAUAUUUUAAAUUUUUUUUUAAAUGUCCACCCAGCCUCCUACCUGGAGUGCUGGUGGACUUGUCCCUGGGGUCCAGUGGGGGCGGGCGCCUCUCUGCAGGUCAGCGCGCGGCGAGGGAGCUCUCUGCUCUCUGCUCUCUGCUCUCUGCUCCUCUCGCGCGGGGCUGUCUGCUGGAGCUGGGAGCCGGAAUAUGACGUCAUAUUCCGGCUCCCGGCAUCAGCGCGCGGCGAGAGGAAGCAGAGAGCAGAGAGCUCCCUCGCCGCGGCUGAGCUGCAGGGUGGGGGGAAUCAUCACCUCUUGCCCUCCCAUGACAGGGGCAAGAGGUGAAACGGGGGGCACUGAGUGCCUGCAGGAACAGCGUUCCUGCUCAAAAGAGUGCAGGAACGCUGUUCCUGCAGGACUCAAACCAUAGGGGUGCGCACGGGGAUUAGGGUGUGCCCAGGCACACCCGGCACACCCCGUGCGCACGCCUAUGAUGUUAGUCCACCUAUUGUACAGCGCUGUGGAAUUUGUUGGCACUUUAUAAAUAAUAAUAUAUAUACAUUAUAUAUCAUAUAUUUAUACUGUAUAAUUAUAAUAGCUUCAUGCUGAGAAAACUAUUUUUUUACUUGAUUGCCAACGUAUUAAGCAGUAAUAGGACAAAUUCUAAAAUAAAUGAGCCUUAGAAUGGAUGUUUUCUUGUACAUUUUACAUUUUGUUUUAGAAUGAACUCAUAUUUGGCAGCAAGGUAACUGCACGCAAGUAAAGCCUUAAUGAUUUCAUUGUGUGUAACUAUUUCCAUCCCAGAAAGGAUUGUUGUAGUCGUUCUCUGAGAAAUCAGAAACUUAAAGCCAGAGGAUCCUCUCACAUAUGAGAAACCUCUCUGCAAAGAUGGCUUAAUCUAGGAGUAUGUAUUAACCUUCACAUAACCAAAUGUUAGCUGCAGUAAAAUAAUACAGUACAAUUUAUGGGGGACAUGAUCUUCAGAUUUUAGUAGAGCCUCUGUAUUUAUAGUAAUUUUACAAUUAUUUUACAUAAGAACAAAGUCACAGUUUGAUAUUACAUUAAAAAUACAUAUGUGGAUCAAAGAAUUUUACUUGAAGAUUUAACUUGGUUUAGAUUGUGUGAUUUACACGAAUCUAACAUGAUUUUAAAUCAAGUGUCAUUAACUGGUUUUAGAACAAGUUAAAAUUUUACUCUGGUUUCUCUGAAGGCGUUAGAUGUUAACAGCAGUUACCUAGUGUCUCACUAACAUGACAAGACUCCAGUUCCAUAGGUCCAGUCUGCCAUGUAGGGGGGUCAUAGCCAAUACUCUUAUUAAAUGCCUGACGGCAAAAGAAGGGUCUUAGUUGCCCUGUAUCAGUAGGCUAUUUUGUCCUUCAAAUCAUCCAGAUAUAGAGAGGUUGCCACUGAGUAGGUCUAUUUUCUGCUGGUGUCUAUCCUUCUAGGUGGUCUCCUGCUUGUGAAAGAAAAUAUGUUAUGGGUGUGAGAAGAGAGGAACAAGCUGUGAGUGUUUGAUAGCAAAUUGUAGGUAAAUUGGCCAAGCAGGUGCCGUACGAGCUUAGAAACGAAAUCUUCAAAAUGUAUAUUUACACUCAGAACUUCCACAUUACCAAAAGCAAAUAUUUAAAUUGACACUUUUAAUGAUCUUCGCCAGAGAAAUGCAUGACUAUAACAUGCAUUUAAAUAAGGAUGAUUUUUAUUUAUUUUUAUUUUUAUUGUGGAUGCAAAAAAAAAUAUUUCAACCUCAUAUUUUUCUAUGUUACUUUAUACCAACUAUCUCCAUUAGUAUGUUUCAGUCCAUCCAUUUGUUUAUGAAAAUAACAGAAAAUAAUGUUUGGAUGGUAGUUUCUCUUUAAAACUUUAAAAAUCCAGUUUUGAGCUUAAAUAUUUUGUGGCUCUACCAAUGAAGCAAUUGCAGUUUGUACCUCUCUGUGUUUUGGCGUUAUUGAAACGUCUAAUCCUAAACUAUGAAAUGUCUGUCCUCAAUGAGUUCUCAGUCUGUAGUUAUUUCAUGGUCAGUAGCCCGAGAGAAAGCUGUUUGGUUAUUAUUUCCUGAACAGUUUUGAUAUCUCUGGUAUUGUUUUCCUAUUUUCUCUCUCUCUGCGUUUUGCUUGUUGAUCUAAUGGGGAUGGAAAGGGUGAGACGAGAUGGGUUCCAGCGUCACACCUGGGAUAUGGACUCUGAUAAGGAAAAGUUGUGUUUGAACAACAGCGUGCAGAUGAGAUAUAAUUCUCUGGAAGAUAUAUUGCUUUCCCAGACAUUGGUAUGAGUAACUCAGUUAUCAAUGAUAUGGCUACAAUGAAUCAAACCUGUGUUUGUUAAUGCUACUUGUCUGAACUGAUUGAAAAUAAGUAACAAUGGUUCAUUGAGAAAGGGCUGCCUUCAUCGACACGUUGAAGUUAAUGGAACUUUCUAAGUCCGCUGUAGUGAUUAUGUUGCCAGGAGUGACCUGGAGCCAUCCCAAGGUUAGUAGUUAAAACAUUUAACAAUGGUUUGACAAAUUAUCUGUGAUAAUUCAGAUGGAAACUCCUGCACUUAACCUCUGUUAGCUCACCCGAGCUAAAAGCUGGAGUGGUUAUGGUGCCUGGAGUGUUCUAAAACAGAAAAUUCCUAGAACUUUCCUGAUGUUGUACUUUGUAAGAAAUUGCAGCUGUAAGUGCCAGGGGGAAGAGCCAAUGGUUUGAAACGAACUUGUUCAUUCACAAUUAAUCCUUUACAGAUUAAAUCCAAGGGUUUUUGACAGAGCUGAUGUGGCUUGACCCUAAAAUGAUGCAAGUAUUGUUAUCCCUCCGGCAGUAACAGUAAACUAUAUUUGCUAUGGUAAUGGGUUUCUUUUCAUUCAUUUCCUUGGAUUUUGGAAAAGGGACCUAAUUGAAUCAGUAAGUUCAACCAAGUGCUUAAAUUGUACAGUGCUGAAGUGCCUCAGACAGCUAAAAAGGUUUUUUGAAAGGUAAUAUGAUGUUAAAGGAUCAGAAUGCAGGAUGUGAUGUAACAUUCUGAUGGCUGUUGCCUAAAGAAAGCCCAUUAAUAAAUGACUGUAAAGAUGAAACUGUGUUUAAAUUAACGUGCUUUAGUGAGAUGUCAUGGAAUCUUUGUAAUUAUGUCAGAAAACGACUGGUUCUUAGUUCAUUGAAUAAAAGUAUACACUUAUCACAAAUGUUUAUUUUAGGUGAGCAAGAAACCCAAUAUUUAUGCUGAAAUUAAUAUUAAAAUAAUUUUAAGAUGUACUCACUGGAGGAACUACCGAGGUUGCAGCGGUCGCAGCUGCGACAGGGCCCGUCACUCCAGGGGGCCUGGCUGCCUUCUGCGAAUGCGGUGCCCGCCGAAUUUGUGUGAAUUACCUGGGGCCCGGUCAGCGCUGGGGUGCUUUAAGAGUGUGACCGGGCCCCAGUGAUGACAUCAGAGCGCCUGCUGGCGCUGGGAGGAAGUCAUCACUUCCUCCCAGCUAAGAGAGCCACGUGGGUGGAGGGCACAGGGGAGGAGAGGAGGGAGUCAGAGUGGGAGCUCUGACUCCCAUCAGCCGAAGUCAGCCACUGGACCCCCGGGAAGUCACCCUUCUGCACCUAAAGGUAGGAAGCAGGAGGGUGAGUAAAAUCAGUUUGUGUGUCUGUGUAUGGGUGUCUGUAUGUGUAUCUGUUUGCAUGUGUUUUAGUGUGUGCCCCUAUGUAUCUGUAUGUGUGUCACAGUUUAUAUCUGUAUGCGUGUCAUUCUGAGUAUCUUAAUGUUUGUCAUUGUGUCUGUGAAUCUGCACUUGUGUCUCUAUGUGUGUCUGUGUAUACGCAUGUGUGUCUGUGUGUUCUGUAUUUGUAUCUGUUUGUCUGCAUAUGUGUCUGCAUGAGUGUCUGUUUUUCUGCACAUGUGCCUGUAUGUGUAUCUGUUUGUCUGCAUGUGUGUCAGUGUGUGCCCCUAUGCAUCUGUAUGUGUGUCACUGUUUGUAUCUGUAUGCGUGUCAUUCUAUGUGCAUCUGCAUGUGUCUAUAUGUGUAUCUGUCUGUAUGUGUGUCUGUGUAUUCGCGUGUGUGUCUGUGUAUCUGUAUGUGUGUCAGUGUUUGUAUCUGUAGAAGUGUCAUUCUGUGUGGCUGUGUAUUAGCAUGUGUGUCCGCGCUUGUAUCUGUAUGUGUUAUUAUACAAAUUGAGGGGCUAGGGUGGGGCAGGGCAAUUAUUGCACCGGGGCCCUGUAGUUUCUAGUUACGCCUCUGGAUGUACUAAUGCAGACUUUCAAAGUUUGUAAAUCAGAAGAGGGAGUAGGUAGGUGCGGGGCUGAGAGGUGACACAUCUAGCAUCACAGAAGAUGUGUGAAUAUAACAGGGACAUAUUAUUUGGAGAGCAAACGUUACCAGCUGCCCCGCAAGGCAAAUCAGGGCUGAUCAUACCCUGAUUGCUGUUAAAGUGCUUUUAGAUGGACUGAAAUUACCCUUACUUUACCACAGUUGCAGCACAUAUAUUUUUUAAUUGGGAACUAGAAAGAUAGGCCUUUUUCUGUUGGAGUAGCUGAAUGAUGAGUAGACGAAGGGGUGAACCACUCUCUCUGCAAGAGUUUUAACAAGAAAUGUUUCUUUACUAGCCUGUAAGAGAACUGCCUAGGAUUUAUGUCAUUCGGUAUGUGUAUUGAAAAAUAUGUAGCUUUAAGGAACAUGUACAGCAAGCUGUUGUGGUUAUGGUCUUAGGAGUACCCUGUUACCCCACCCGUGCAAGCAGUCAAACUGAAGAAAAUGAUUAGUAAUGCAUGAAGUGCUUAAAAUUUUAUUUAGGGAUAAAAUAUCUUUUAGAAAAACUGUGUUUAGUGCGCUUUAUCUUGAGAUAUUUGUCCUGAAAUGUUAGUAUAAAAGCAAAUAUGCAUUCUUUUUCUCACAUAGAGUAGAUAUGAUGAAAAAAACUAAACAAAACGGGUCAAAUACUUCACUUUUAGGUAUUUGCAAAGAACCUAAAGGCAUUUGUAGCAGUAUAGCGUACUAAAAAAGGCAGCAAAAUGUAAAAUGAAAAUCUGUAUUUGAGCAUAAUGUCCACAUGCAGUAAAUACAGUUAAAUUAUAUAUUUCUAAAGUAAAUUUAUUCAAAAAUGCUAUAGCAAUAUUUAUCAAUCUCUGAACUACUAAUGUAUUGCUGAAAUUAUAGAGUCCAUUCACUCCCUAUCCUCUCCCUGACUGUAGGAAUAAUAUGGCCGACUAAAACUUCCUAUAUAGUUUGAAAACAUUGAGUGAGCUGACAAUAUCAGCAAGGAUCACAGGCACUAUAUUAGUGACUCUAACUUCUGGCACAGAAAUUAGUUCCUUUACAGGCAAUACCCUCCAAUAUCGGGGGGACACAGGUGGCAGGAGGGUAAAAGGAGCAGGAAGGUAAUAUGAUUGUGUAAUUUGUUCCACCCAAAAGAGGGGUGCAUACCCAGAAAGGGGACAGGUCAGCUCAAAUCCAGCCCAAACUGCCUGUCAAUUAAGCACAGACUGCAGACUUCAGUGUUGUCUGCAGGGUCCUAAAGCCCUGAGUGUAGCGUGAGCACAUGUGAUGAUGCAUUCAAGCUACACUUUUUAAGGACAGUUUCCUGGUGUCCCCAAGUCCAGAACACGAGGGAAUAAAUUUGGGAUGGCGAGACAGGUCCCUAAAAUUGAGAUUGUCCUGCUGUGAUUAGGAUGAUUGGAAGCCAUCACAGUCUGGCAAUCGUAACAUGACUGUAAAUGAGGGUAUGUGAGGCUUUAUGGACUAGAUUUCAUAAUGCAAAAUACCUAAAAAUAUAAAUGUUUAUAAGUGAUUUGGAUAUUGAAGGAGUUAAUAGUGUGGUGGUGGUACUCACCACCCAAGAGAGCUAAUGUAAGCUCCUCCAAUUUUGUUUUUCACACCAUUGGAUAUGUUUCAUGAUGUAACUGCUUUUUCUACAGAAACUCUCUGAAGAAUCAUGAGUGAUCCUUUUGACUGUGAAAGCUGCAAGGAGUCCCUGUAUGGAAGAAAAUACAUCCAGAUGGACGAGGGUCCUUAUUGCAUUCCAUGCUAUGACAACCUGUUUGCUAACACAUGCGAUGAGUGCAAAGAACUAAUUGGCCAUGAUGCUCGGGUAUGUACAUCUCUAUCAUGUCAUUUAAAAUUAUAAGUGGGCAUAGUAUGUGACCAGUGUUAACACAUGCAUGAAAAUAUACAUUUAUUUUUUUGAUAGAGAAGGAUCCUCAAGUGCUAUAAAUGAUAUAUCCGUCAAGAAGCAUUGUAGUUUAUCUGUUAUGCACCUUGUAUUUUUUAAUCAAUCUUAUUUUAUUACUUUUUGCUAGAAUUGUGCUUAAUGUACAUUUCAAGCACAAUAACCUACAUCUGAAUAUAGUUGUCAUGGUCCUAGGAGGCUGUGAUUGCAAUCCCUCCAGAUUCCUUGGCACCACAAGACCAAAAAUUCAGCUUGCAUCAUCUUAAUUAGAUAAUGUCACUUCCUCAUUAGGCUGCAUUUUUUUUGUCUUCUUCUUAUUAUUAUUCUUACUGGCAGCUAUAAAGCAGCAACAUAUUUCACGCUGCGCUGUACAAUUGAGGAAAAAGGCAGUACAAUAUAAACAGACCAAUACAAAAAGUAAAGAGGGCCCUGCCAGUGAGUGAAGAUCUAGCCCCUGAAGAUUAUUUAUACCGAGAACUUUGCUAGAUAGCCCAUAAGUUUACAAUCUAAAAGUUAAAAUGGGGAGAUCAGACAUAGUGACAGAGUGUGAUGUCAAACAGCUUGAAAAGCAUGCUAUAAAACUAGAAGGAACUAGUGCUUAGUGGAAAUGAAGUGGCUUUCUUUCUGUUAGUUGCUUUGUCAAAUUAGACCGUAAAGUUGCAGAGAGGAAUGGAAAGGAAGUGGUUUUCUUUCUGUUCGCUGCUUUGUGGAAUAAGGCCUUAAAGUUGUAGUGGUGAUUGGGCUGCAAUAAAACAACUUCAGUGAACUACACUGUACAUUGUGCGUUGUACUUAGUAUUGCAUGCUCACUAACUAGUGAGAAGGUCAUUUUUUUUCAUUACGAUAUCACAAGUAGCGGGAUUGAACUUUUUUUUUUUAUUGAAUUUAAAUGGCUUGUCACCUAUGCCUUCCAAGCCAUUGUGGUUAGUGUCUCUUUAAAAAAAUAUGAUCCUUUAUGUUUUUCAUAUGAACCUGGGUUAAGAAAUUCCUUGUAUAGCACUAGUAGACAGACUGACUUGUAAGGCAUUGCUGAACUGCUUUGAGAAAAAAAAAAAAAACUAGGCCAGCAGCUGCCUACACUGAAACUAGAUAUUGCCACAGUGGGUGUAAAUAGUGUGACUCAGAUACAAAAUAUUUCUCCUCUGGGUGAGUCUUCCAGUUCUGUUGCUGCUGUUUGGGGGUGGGUAACGCUUUUGAGGAUAUUAUUUACAAUGCCUGUCAAGCUAGUCUGGAUAUUGCUUAUCUUGUAGAUCUAAACUUAACAAACAAAUAAGAUUUAAGAUGUUUAGUAUUUAUUACCAUUUUAUUUGAUAGGGAGUCUUCAAGCAUAUGUCAUUGUUUAUGGGAUUGUGUGUCUGUGUUUCUGGAAUUUACUGAUUUGACCUGCACUGUACAAGAUAUAAAUGCAAAUUCCUAAACCAUAUUAAACUGCUGAGUAUUAAUAUAUUUGCAGGUUUACAUCACACUGUAAAAGCAAUAUUUUCCUUACACCAUACAGGAAUUAUACUAUGAAAAUCGGCAUUAUCACGAGAACUGCUUCCGUUGCUUCCGCUGUGACCACUCUCUGGCAGAUGAGCCCUUCACAUGCCAGGACGAUGAACUCCUGUGUAAUGACUGUUACUGCAGUGAAUUCUCCUCCAAGUGUGUCAGUUGUGAGAAAACCGUCAUGCCAGGUAUUGAGAAACUCAGUCUGAGGUGUAUACAUUUUAUCAGUCUCUAUAUGAAGCACAACUAUCAUCCAACUAACAUAUAUCACUAUGUCAAAAAUUUAUAUAUAUAUUGAUAUAUAUAUAUAUAUAUAUAUAUAAUUAUUGCUUGACAUAUUUGUUACAGAAAUGCAUAAAGAUAAGCUGCGAAAGUGCCCAAUUUGUCAGAUAACAUUGUUCCUCUAUUGUUGUCUGCAAUCUUUAUUUUGGCUUCAUGUGUUGUGUACAAAAUGUUGCAGUUUAAAUAGCAUUUGUACUGAUAUUACCAUUUAAGCACAAAAGCACAUCAUACUAUAAUGCUUAUCCUGGGCUGGUGCAACGAUUUUUGGCUACACAGGCGAAUAUGCAUUUGUGCCUGUGAGGUGGGGACAAAAUGUGCCUGUGUCUCUUAAUCCCACUUUUGAAUUUCUUAUUCCCUUUAGUGAAUCUUACCCCCAUUUUGUGUCUUACAUCUCCCUUUAGUGUAUCUUAUCCUCUGUUUCCCCUUUGUGUGUCUUACACUUCUUUGCGUGUCUCUUACUUUUCUCAAGUCCCUUUGUGUGUCUCUCAUGCCCCCAGCCCCUUUGUGUGUCUCUGUCUCCUCCAGCCUUUGUCGUUUUCUCACAACAAGCUCCUUUGUCUGUCACUUUCCCCCCCAGCCCCUCUGUGUGUCUCUUUCUAACCAAACCCUUUUAUGCGCAUCAUUGUCCUCUCUGUGCCUCGCUCACCCAGCCUAUCUCUAUAUUUCCUCCCCCCAUGUCUCUUUCUCCCUUCCAUAACCUUGUCUCCCGAGCACCUUGUCUCCUUGUAUGCCUGUUCCCCCAGCACCUUGUCUCUUUUUUCUGUCCCCCCCUCCAGCUCCAUCCCUUUUCCCUUUCACCACCUUGGUGUGCCGGCCUGCUUAACUCCUUGAAGCAUGGCCGGACGGGCUGUAGUAGAGGAUCUUCUGUUUCCUCUAUCCUGACUGACAGGAAGCUGUUCAGUGCUCUCAGCAAGCAAUAUCCUGUCAGACCGGGUAGAGGAUACAGAAGAUCUUCUACCGCAGUCCACAUGGCAACACUGCAUUAAGUAACUGACAGGAGGGGAAGCACCGUGCUGUGCGCUCCUCUCAUUCAGGUCACCUGGAUAUUGUGGCCCUUGGGACGGUGCAUCUAAGGGAGCUGCCUGUGCCGCCUUAAAGUUGCGCCAGCUCUGUGUUCAGGAGUUAAUUCAGUAAACACAGAUUUCAAGUAAAUUGAAAUAUUGAAUUGCACAAUUUGGACCAGAAAAAGUGAUGUGCAAAACAAUCACAUGGUUAUUUUGAACCUUAUAGUGUUAGGAAUCCAAAACUGCAUUCCUAAAACUAUAGUGUCCCUCUGCAUCCAUUGGCAGGAUAUAAAUAGUUAAUAAGCCUUUUCCCCUUACCUAAUUCAAGAGCCAAUGUCCCUCUGUUGACAUCACAGCAAUUCUGAAACCUAAUGCGCGUGCAUUGAAUCAAUGCUUUCCUAUUGGGUUUUUGAAGAUGCUUGACAUCCUCAUGCAACGCUGCUAGAGGAUAAGUUAACUCUGCAGUGGCAGUUUCUCAGGAACUGCAAUAAUUAACAUUGCAAGGUUAAGUGGGCAAGGGCACUGCAGCCAGGCCACUUCAAUGAGAUGGAAGUUGUCUGGGUGCCGUUAGUAUUUCUUUAAAUUUUGCAAUUUAGUUUUACAAUUACAAUUAUGUGCAUAGUGAAUUAAGCUUCAGUGCCCUUAUGCGUGAUUAUAACAUUGUAGGUUGAUAUAAUGCAAAGGUCUUCUUUUACAAGUUUUAUUCUUGAAUGUCAAUAAUGCAACCACAAAAAUAUAUAAGUAAGACGUCUAAGACAGUAACACAUUUCAUAAAAGUAAUUGUAAGUUAUAUAAUUUUAUGACUUGCAGAAAAACUUGCUGGGUAGCCAUUUUCUUUUUUCAAUUUGAUAUACAUUGUGCUAGUUUGCUGCAAAUUCACCACAGACCUGUGUUUGUUAACUGAUCCCUAUUGUGCAGUGUACUGUAGUGGUUAUAGUGCCAGCAGUGCCCUAACAACUCCCAUGGCAAGUAAUCAAACCAUUUUGAAUGGUUCCACUUCUUACCUUGGGUUUGACAGGUGGUGCUCCAAACCUCCACGUCAUCCACUGGAGAGAGGGAUACUCCCUGUAUGUGAUAAGCCUGGCAGUGCAGGGACUAGCUCAUUGGCUCAGAGUGAUUAGCUGAUGCUAUCAAGCAAUGAGCCCCCACAAUGCAGGUAUGGUAUCAGUAGGAUACAAUGCUAACAGUAGACUUUGACAAGGAUAUUAAGAAUAAUAUAUAUUUGUCUUUAACCCCUUAAGGACACAUGACGGAAAUAUUCCAUCAUGAAUCCCUUUUAUUUCAGAAGUUGUGUCCUUAAAGGACCACUAUAGGCACCCAGACCACUUCAGCUCAAUGAAGUGGUCUGGGUGCCAGGUCCCUCUAGGGUUAACCCUUUCUGCUUAACCUCUAGGGUUAAUCCAGCCUCUAGUGGCUGUCUCAUUGACAGCCGCUAGAGGCGCUUCCGCGCUUCUCACUGUCAUUUUCACAGUGAGAAGACGCCAGCGUCCAUAGGAAAGCAUUUCGCAUCCAUAGGAAUGCAUGCGCAUUCAGCCGAUGACGGAAGAAGAGGGAGGAGAUUCUCCAGCACCGAGGGAGCCCAGCGCUGGAGAAAGGUGAGUGUUUAACCCCUUCCUCUGCAUCCAGCCCGGCGGGAGGGCACUAUAGUGCCAGGAAAACAAGCAUGUUUUCCUGGCACUAUAGUGGUCCUUUAAAAGGUUAGCGUUUCUUAACUUUCAAAGUAUGCUCAUCUUCUUGCAUUCGAAUGAUCUCCGAUCCAGUCCAAUGCUUCACACAGACCUACUGGGCAUGGGGGCAAUCGGCACACUGAACCAAUCAGAAGCAGGAACUGUGCAUGCUGUCCAUGAGGUCACUGAAUGUGAUUAAAAAGUCCCCAUUGAGGAAGUGCCUCGAGUGACUAGUCUGACAUCCACUAGAGUAUGUAUUUAUGGCCAAAUGGAAACAUAUCUUACUAUUGCCGGACUGCAGAGAAAGUUUAUGUACACCAAAACCAAUUAUGGCAAAAGUUAUUUUGUCCUCAGAGUGUCCGUUUAAUUUUUGGUAGCAUUUGACUUGAGGUUAUGUUUUAGAUCUCAUACAGUAGAUUUUACCACUCCUCACCUUUUGUUUCCGUCUUGGCGGUAGUGCUGAUCUGAAUUACUGAAAAGUCUUCUCAGGACAGAAGAAGUGGGAUUAAAGGAUUCUCUGAGCUAUAAAUAUUUAAAAUACUGUAAGUCCAUGUGGGAUUUUCCUAGAAAACAGAUCAUUUUGUUUGCCUGGAUAGUGAGUUCAUAGAACAUCAAGCGGAGAGGGGAAAAAAAGUAAAAUAAAUAACAUUAAAAAUACCGCACUUCUGUGUGUCACAAUUCAUGGGUUUUUAUAGCUUAACUCAGUGGAACUAUAAAAAUAAAUUGCACUGACGAUAUAAAAGAACAUGUGAUGCUUAACUACCCAUCACUUGCAAAAUCUUUGCAAACAUGAGUUUGUAGUUAGUGAUCUGAGCCAAUGCAAAGUAAACCAACCCAACCCAACCACAACGGGUUAUGGGGCGCAUUUAUAACUUCUUGGAUGUCUCUAUAAGUAACCAUGUGACAUGUUUAUGAUCAAAUAUUGAAACAUUUAAAAGUUUGUUUGUUUGCUCCCAAGUUUCUUUUAUCUUUGAUUAUAGAUAAGUCCUCUUUAGUUCACUUAGUUAUGCGUUGAUUUCCUAAAAAGAGAAUACUGUCUCCCCUGAUGCUUGGCUGUAAGAGCAUUAUGGGAGAUGUAGUCCACAACAUCUGAAAUGCCAAAGGUUGCCUACCACUGCACUAGACAAAGGGCUAAAUCUGCAAUCCAAAUUAUACAAUGGAAUACUUACUUCCUUAAAAGAAAGACUGUCUGUCUUUCAAGCAGGCAUUUCAUCCUAAAUUACAAUUUUUCAGCAGUGCUAUUGUAUUUUUCAUGAAAUGCUGCAUAGUACUUACAGAUGCUUUUGCUUUUUAAGACACUCCAAACCUCCUGCAGCACAUAAUCACUAACCAUCUGAAGUUCUUUAAUAUAGCCCUUCAUUAUCCAUGCCCAGUCCUGUCCUGCCCUUAAACAAUCUUGUGUUAAAACAUAAAGUGGUCUCAGGCUACCUAGAGCUUUUACGUCUGAGCAUCAAAUGGCCCAGAAGCUUUUGUUUCUAAAAGUACUGUACUUAUAAUUUUAUUUUAUUUAAUCUUUCUUUUAUAUAAAUCAGUUGUUCUUAAAUAAACUAGGGUUAGUGAAUAAACCCUCCCAUGUGUUUGGCAUUAAUGGAUGACACUAUAGGCAUCCAGACCACUUAAUCUAAUGAAGUGGUCUGGGUGUAGUCCAAUUGUCCCCUUAACCGUGCAAUUGUAAUUAUUGGAGUUAUUGAUAAACUGCAAUAAUUACCUUGCAGGGUUAACAACACCUUUAGUGUCUGACUACCAGACAGCCACUAGAGACACUUCUGGGUCCUAAGUGGACUUUUGGUCUGCUAAAUGACGCUGGAUGUCCUCACUCUCUGCAUGAGGACAUCCAGCAUCAGCUAAAACAUUGAUUUAAUGCUUUCAUAUAAGGUGGUCCUAACAUGAUAGCGGCGCUUGCCGCGCAUGCACAUUAGGUCCCCAACGUCAACUGGCAUCAGCGGAGCGGGAGCCUGACCAGUGCCGAGGGACAUCGGUGCUGUAAUCAGGUAAGUAACAAAAGGUUUGUUUUUUUUUUUUAAACAUUUCAGCACCAAAGGUGGGCAGGGGCACACUUCAAAUUGCAUCUAUGAUGGUAACAUUUAGUUGGGUAUACAUUUUAAUUGAUACAUUUGCUGAAAAUUUUACCGAUCUAGCACAAUGCAAAGAUUACAUUUAUAUGUCUUCCUUAAAAGGAUUCUUCACACCCGAAAGCACAUCCCUCUUGUUCCAAUUCAUAGAAAUGCCGAUGUCAAGGGAAAUCAGCAAUUUAUAAAUUGAUUUAAACCAAUUUGGGAAUACCCCUGUCAAUCAAGUUGACAACUAGGAAUGCUUCCUGGUUUUUAUUACGCUUGAAUGAGUGUUCAAGUGGAAGUUAAGCUCUUUAAUAGGAAAGCAUUAGUCAUUGCUUACCUAUAAGAAGCACUUUAUUAGGAGGACCUCAUGUUUGAUUGGUACAUUAUUGCAGUUAUUGAUAAACUGCAAUCAUUACCUUACAGGGUUAACACCACCUUAAGUGUCUGUCUACCAGACAGCCACUAGAGGUGCUUCCGGGUCAGUGCUUUCCUAUUGGGAGGACCUCACUUUUAAUUGACACAUUUAUUGCAAUUGUUUCUGGACAGGAAGAGGAGACUUUUGUUAUUGACAGUCUGAAAGGGAGUAGCUGAGCAGCAACAAGUAAACUUUCAUGGGAGGAAUUUGGCACCUGGCAUUUGGAAGGUUAAAAUAACAUUCCAAACAGUAAAACCGAAUAUUGGUUUUAAUGUUGAAGUGUUCCUCUAAGGGGAAUUUGUUCUCCACACUUUUAGGACUAAGAGAUAUGCUGCUUCAUUGAUUUUCGUUAAAACUAGACAGUAAUAUUGAGUGAAUGCACAAUGAAACAAUAUCUAAACUGCUUUGGAUGUAAUGAUUCUCUUUGUUAAAUAGUUUUUUUGUGUGGUUCUGUGUCUAUAUUUUAGUUCAUUUGAAUUAUAAUUGUUCCUUCUUUAUUAUAUGUUUGCAUUCUUUUUGAUAAAGUCAAACACUUUGUUGGCACCCUAUAUGUAAACUUAUACAGGCCAUUACAGUAAUCUUGCAUUGGUCUUUAAUCAGACAUGUGUUCUCCCUGCAGGUUCCCGCAAAUUGGAAUACAAUGGGCAGACUUGGCACGAACACUGCUUUAUAUGCAAUAGCUGUAAGCAACCCAUAGGCUCUCGUUCUUUCAUCCCAGAGAAUCAAGCUCACUAUUGCAUUCCGUGCUAUGAGAGCAAGUUUGCCCCACGCUGCACACAUUGCAAAAAGGUAAAAGGAACCAACUUAACAUUGACUAUUCAAAAUCAUUUCAAUUUGAUGAUUUAAAUUAAAGCUUUUUAUUGUGAUGAUUCUCUAUAUGUAUCAGGUACAUUUGCUGUUCUUUAUAACUGCUCCCUCUUCCAAUUCAAAACAAUGCAUCAAGAAAAAUAUAACUAUAAUUAUUAAAGGACCACUAUAGUGCCAGGAAAACAUACUCGUUUUGCUGGCACUAUAGUGCCCUGAGGGUGGCCCCACUCCGGUGGUGCUAAAGGGGGAGGAAGGGGUUAAUUCCUUACCUUUUUUCCAGCGCCAGGCUCCCUCGGCGCUGGGACUCUCCUCUCUCUUCUGACGUCCCUGGCUGAAUGCGCAUGCGUGGCAAGAGCCGCGCGCACAUUCAGCCAGUCCAUAGGAAAGCAUUCUCAAUGCUUUCCUAUGGACGCUGUCGUCUUCUCACUGUGAAAAUCACAAUGAGAAGCGUGGAAGUGCCUCUAGCGGCUGUCAAUGAGACAGCCACUAGAGGCUGGAUUAACCCAUAGGUAAACAUAGCAGUUUCUCAAAAGGGUUAAACCUAGCUGGACCUGGCACCCAGACCACUUCAUUAAGCUGAAAUGGUCUGGGUGCCUAUAGUGGUCCUUUAAAUGAUCAAGUGCCAGAGAGAUUACACACCGUGAUCUUUGGGUUUGUUCUUGCCUUGCUUUACUUUUUCAUGUGUGUUUUUGCACACUAUGCAUUACGAAAAUAAUUUGGCACUUCUAUGGUUAUAUUUUGGAUGACAACAUAAGCUUUAAAUAUUACUUCUGUAAAGCUUUAAGGGUAGUAAUGACUUAUCCUAGAAACAAGAAAUGGUAGUAGUUUCAUGGAACUAAUUUAAGUGGAGAUGGUACGGUGCAAGACUGUGAUAGAAUUCAGUUGUUGCUUGUAUAUGUAAUUCAGAAGUACAUUUAAUUAAAUUAUCAUAGUGAUUACCAAUAAUGAUUGUCCGCCCAGUGUCCAAUAUAUCUUCUAUCUGUUCUCUGCAGUCAUUGACAAAAGGAGGAAUCACUUACCGGGAUGAGCCAUGGCACAAGGAAUGCUUUGUCUGCACUGGAUGUAAAACCCAGCUGGCUGGGCAACAAUUCACUUCCCAGGAUGAGAAGCCAUACUGCAUCAAAUGCUUUGGAAACCUGUAUGCCAAAAAAUGUGCUGGGUGUAUUAAACCUAUAACAGGUAUGUUUCUGCAGGGUACUGCUAGAUGGAAGACAAUAUAUUAGAUACAAAGCCAAAGGAUUUUCAAAUGGGGCCAGAUGGUGAACCCCCUAUUAAUGUACUAUUUAUCAAAAUGGGCAACCUGUGAUUGGGUGGGUGAGAGCAUCAGCCAACUCUAUCAGCCUAUCACCGGCCGCCCAGCUGAACCUUCCUCACAGUGUGGAGACAAAGAGGAAGGAAGCAGGGGGAAGCUAUGUAGGCCGCUGGAGAACCUUAUAUCUAUUCCUGUCAUAGAUUUCUAUGGCUCUAGUAGCACACUUGUUUAUUGUAAAACUAUGGUGCUAGCCCUGCAUUCUGUGUAUGUUCAAUUCCCAAAAUCAACUCUUAAGCAUUUAUUGGCUAUUAUGACAUCAUUAGAUGCUUUUAUAUUUCCUUUAGCUUCACUUACAAUUUUGCAUAAAUUAAAAAGAUCUGCCUCCUGGUAGUAGACAUUUGGCUUCUACCAAGUGAAGAUAGUUGCCAGUAUUAAGAAUUGUGGCACCAAAGAGAUAUAUAUAUAUAUAUAUAUAUAUAUAUAGUUUUAACUUUUUUUUUCUCCUCUAAAUUGCAUAUUAUUGAAAUACUAUUUACAUUUUACUCAAGUCCCUUUAAAAUUCAUCCUGGCUUUGAACCAUACGAAUGCAUUCUUUUAAUGUAUGCACACCACUCAGAAACGGUGACGGGACAGGUUUUGGGAUUUCACUGACACAUAUUUAAAUAAUGGUCUUUUUUUUAAAGGCAGUAAGAAUGCAACUGGCAGCUCUCCAAUCUGGCCCACAAUAAUGUCUUUAUUUAUAGAUUGUGCAGGAUCUCCUCUUGAGACUCUGUGUGCUCAUGUUUUUUAAAAUUUAAUUCAACCCAGUUUUUCCAGAUACUCAGCACUUUGAUAUAGACGGGUGUAUUUUUGUUUCACUUAAUAUUUUCUGUACUUAAUUGACAGGGAUCAGCAAAUUCAUUUCUCGACAUGUUAGAUGCCUUGGAUAUAAAAAUCAAAGAAACACUCCAAGCACUAUAACACCACAGCGCGCUGUAGUGUUUAUGAUAUGAGGAAUGCCCUGUAAACACCCCCCCCCCGCCCCCUUGCAUUGUAAUAGUCAAACUGUUUUAGAACUAUUUCCUACUCUCCUAAGCAAGAGAUUCUGUUAGCUUACCUAAAUUAAGUUCUGAAGAUGCGUGCUAGCUCAUUGGCUGAGAAUGCCAGCUGAUUUUUCUUACUUAGUGAUCUGAGCACUGCAUCACUGGCUUAGCUCAGAUAGUACAGCGCUACGGAAUUUUCUGGAGCUAUAUAAAUAAUAGAAAGUAGUAAAGACAAGGAUCAGCAAACGAAAUCAAACCGUUCUAAAAUGUUUUGACUGCUUACAACGGAGGUACCAGGGCACUUCUGGCACCCUAACUACUACAGUGCAUGCAGUGAAUAAGUUAUUUCUACCACACAUUUGAAAGAUUCACUUGAUCUUUCUUCCUUCUAAUUUAUUAAUAGACAAAUUAAAAAUGGAAAUAAACCCAGUUGUGAAUAUCCUUUCAUAAUAGACUGCAUUUUGAUUUGUUCUAAUUAAUUCCUGCUCCAAAAUAGCAGCUUAUUUUUAAGAAACAGUAGCUUACACAUGAGAUUGUUACAAAAUGCUAUUUGAUAUUAAAAGGUUUUGUUUAAAAAUAUGAGAUUUGGGAUGCAAUCAUUUUGUGCUCUAAUAUAAUUUAUUUUUGUUCUUUUAGGUUUUGGGGGUGGCAAGUAUGUGUCCUUUGAAGACCGACAUUGGCAUCAUAGUUGCUUCAACUGCUCACGCUGUUCUACAUCUCUUGUUGGCAAGGGAUUUAUCCCGGACAAUGAGGACAUUCUGUGCCGAGGCUGUAACAGCGACCUUUAAACUUGCAAAUCUAUCAAUAUUUACCUGCACUAGGGCAUAUCCAUUUGUCUGUGGCUUUCUGCAAAGAUUUGUGGAGCAGUACGCUACAGAUAUCCUUGUCAGAAACCACAGCAAGAAGCAAAUCAAAAACCAAGAUAUUUCCUUUAUUAUAACAGGCUUUUAGAUUUUGCACAACGAUUUUAUAUCUCUAUGGCUUUGGCUCCUCAUCAUUAUCCGUGUGUAUUUCUCUAUUUUAUUGUGAAGUCAAGCUAAGUGUUAAGCAAUGGAUGCCUGUGCUGCUAAAAUACCGCAAAUCAGAAAUUAUAGGCAUGUUAUCCUGAGUAUUAAAAAAAUCCUUUCACACUGAAAGGAUAAAAAACAACAACAUUUUUCUAAAGUUAUUAAUGGAAUUAUCACGUUAGAUGCCUCAGCCCUUUUUGUCCUCUAUAAAUAUGCUCAGUGAACUUCAAAGUCAGUGUUAAAGGCACAAUAUUUCUCUAAGGAUUAGUGGAAUUAUAAGAGAUUGUAAGUUUACAUUUCACAAAAAGUUCUAUUAAGGACUAAAUAAUAUCUAGGCUUUCCAGACGUGGAAGCAACUUUCUGUGAAAUUGUAUCUCUAUUCAGGUGUUGUCUGCAUUUUUUCUUUCCCCUUUGUUUUGCGUUACUUGGCACAUCUAUGGCACUCCUUGGCAUCUGUUGAAAGACAAAAUAUGAUAUCAAAAUAGUGGUGGGAACAGAUUUCUCGUCUAGAUUCAUAGUGAGCAACAGCAUUUUAUAACUGGAGUUUUGGCAAAUAAAAUGGCAUCUUAUAUUGAACAUAUAACUUUGGUGAGAAUUUUGUUUUUAUUUUUUUUCUCAAAAAACAUAUUUCAACUGUAGCCAGUAAUAUUGUGUACUUUAUUUAGUUAAAUAUUGUAUAAAGUGAACAAGUGUAUUUGUUAUGUAACAGAGUCAAGGUUUUACCAGUUCAAUAGAAAGCAGAGUAGAAUUUCUGGGCACCAAAUGGCUUGAUCUAGCAGCUUAGAAUAAAAUAAAUAUUCAAACGAGUUUCCAGAACUAUGCUAAUGUAGACUACAUUAUAGAAUACAUCUGGCAAAAUAUUCAUCAAUUUAUAUUAAAAAUAAAAAUCUCUCUCUGGUGGGAACACAUUGUUUUACUGCUCGAAAAUAAGUUAUACUCUGUCUUUACAAUAGGAAUAAUUAUUAUAUAGGAAAAUUAAAAUUACACUUCAGUUACGGCCAGAACAUUGUGAAGUGCAAUGUGUUUGUUUGAAAUGGAAGUUAUAAGCAAGGCCUCAUAGGUGAUCAAGAGGAUUGGUGUUGUAUAAAUAUGUCCUUACGCUCAAGUGAGCUAAAGGACAUUAUUUAAAAAUGAUUGCCUUCGUUUUGUAUAAAGUUUACACUAAAUUUGUAUACACUUUAAAUGGGGAUCACAUAUUUUAGACCAUAUUAGCAGAUAUGUAAACAUUUUGAAAUCUCCAGACUUUUUUCCUGCUUAUCUAGUUUGGCUUAAACUUUUCAAUUACUUUGUCAGUUCUCCUCAAUUACUGAUUUACAAGAACAUUCCAUGCACCAUAACCACUACAUCACACUGUAGUGGUUAUGGUGUAGGGGGUGUUCUGCCCCCCACCCCCAAAAGUAAGGAGUCAAACCACUUUAGAACAUUUUUACUUUUUAACUGGGGUUUGCCUCCACUAACUACACUACUACCUAAAGCUCCUAAGCAGUUAUGCUUCAUGGAAUCAAUACGCAUGAGGAAAUGAUGCUAGAAAGUUGAAAUCUCCUUAAUCGCAUACUUCCAUUGUUCAUCUGAUUGAAAUCAUUGACUAAAACUAACAUUAUAAGCAUUUGGCAAACAAGGACACUUUUCGCCUGUGUUACCACAUGCAAUAUGGCGAACAUUGAUAAUACUCAUUACUUAGCUUAUCCUUCCUAUAUAUUGACAUUUACCAUCAGCUGUUAUUCCUGAUGGCUGAUUGGAGCUGGUACCUCAUAACACGAGAGAAGGUCUAUGGAAGAACAUGUAGGAAUUUUUAUAGACUGCAGAUUUGCACAUCAGAUUUGAUGAAAGUCAUAAGAUCUGCCACUUUCCAAAAAAUAUCCAAACUUUAGAAGUUACAGUGCUGUUUUAAGGUCAAGGGAAUGUUUUAAGAUGUGCUUGUCUUUGGCCAUAUCUAACUGUACCAUGUGUUUCCAGGCUAAGAUGACCACAUUUUCACUUUUUACUCGCGUGCUAAUACAAAAUAGGUAAAGAAAAUAAAUGUUCCAAUAUUGACAGGCUAAAUAUGUGAUAUAGCCACUCUAUUACAUGCUAAACUGAAUUCAACAAUGCAGGAUAAUUCAUUUAUACAUGAAGCUAUUAAGGGAUGUCACAAAUAGGUGGUCAGCAAAUUGCACACCAUUUUAUUUGCGAUAUGUAGUUUGAAUUAGAUAUACCCUUUGGAAAUUAUGUACUGUCCCAAUACCAUUAAAACUGUGUAGACAAGAGGAUCUCAAAAUGUUUAUUUAUGGUAGUUAACCACUAAACCAAUCAUUGUGUAGGUAGGCUUACAGGGGAAUUGCUAACUUUAGUCAGGUAUGUGUAUUGAAAAAUGUCUCCAAGUACAUAUUUCCCCCUUGACUUUUUGAAGAUCCCUGGUCAAUUUCUCACUGUUCCCAGUUUAGUGAAUACGUUUCACUAAUAGGUUUCACGUAUGUGUUGAAAUAUGUUUGCUACAUUUAAAUACUGUUUUUUUUGUUUAUUUUUAGUAAAAUUGUUUAGUAUAUUCAUCUUCAUUUAUCCUCAUUUAUAAUUAUAUGCAUAUGUAACAUAUCUCUUUUAUAUUUUUCUAAACAUUCACACACCAAACACAGAACAAAAUAUUUUGUUUUGAAUCAACUAAAAUUACUUAGAAAAAACAUACUUUGUGUUUUGAAUAGUUCUGCAAGAUUACAUCUCUUACUUUACUGUUUUAAAAAAAAAUUUAGCUGUCAAGGGAAAAUAUUGUUUUUGCCACAAUAUGAUGAAUCUGGGAAUUUUAAAAGAAUUUCCUUUAGAAGAAAAAAAUAGGUAUGAUCCAUGCAUCUUUAUUAACCAACAUAUGUAUCACUAUUUGGAAUCAUUAAACCUUUUAGUAUUACUGGUUUACAAUUAGGGUUGGUUUAACUGUACACUGCUGCCUUACCAUUCAUCUGUGGAUAGGUUUACUAAACAAAGAAGGGCAGGGCAAGGGUGAUUUUACAACCAAACUGUGUAAUUAAGCACAAAAAAAGAUGCAAAAAUAUUUUUUUAUUUCACGCGUAGGCGAGGUUCUUCAAAUUUUAGCAAAUUAAAUCCAAAUUUUAACAUUUAGGUAAAAUAAUAAAGCUUUGAUGAGCUGAACUGGUGAAUAUUUACAGCACAACUAUUUUUGCGGGAUUCAAUUCACUAAAAUUUGGAGUUUAGUGAACAUCCCUGAUAGUAAAAGAAAACGUAUUAAAUAUAAUUGCAAAUCAAAUAUAUACGUGCAGACUUUAAACAAAUGUCAGAUGUUAAGAAUCCUACCUUAGACUAUGGCUUUAUAUAGAUUCUCGUGAUCAGAAGUUAUGAUUUUAACACAAGCUUUCCAUAUCCUUAGUUUUCAUCAUAAUAUAUUGUAGCAGCUAAACCUUCACAAUAUAACUAUUUUUAACAAUUUCCAGCUGUUGGGACUUGCAGCAUAUUACAAAGCAGCACAUUUCAGAAUGUUGCUGGAUAUUCAGUAUCUCCACACAUUAUUAUAUAAUGCAUGUUUUGUUUUGUUUCCCCUCCCCAAAAAAUAUAUUCUAUUUCAUUGUAAAAAAUAUUAUUUUACAGACUUUGAUGCGGGCAUAUCAGAGUUUGCUAGGUUUCGGAUAGAGUGAUUAAGUAUCGUGUACCUUAGGCAUUUUUGUCUGUUUAUGUCAUGUUUAUACUCCUGUCUAAUGUUUGCAAUCUUUUAAAUGUUCCUUAAAUUUUAUGUAAUAAACUAUUUCUGUGGAUUAUGACUA